CUAUUCCCUCCUGCGGCGUCACGCGCAGGCCCGUCACCGCGCUGGGCUGUCACGCUGUCAGGAUGACGCGGUGUUGGAGGAUGCCGAGGCCGUGUUCGGUGGUGUAGCUCCCCGAAUCCGACCGAGCCGCCCGUGCCCGUGGGAUGGCGGACCCGGAGCAAGCUGCCCCCAUGGACGGUGAGUCCUUAGUGUUCCUCAAUGGCUCCCCUGCCAGCGGGGAGAGUCUGAUAACGGUGCGGCCUGAACGCACCCGCUCUGUGUACCUACCUCCUGCUCCACUAAUAAUAAUUAAUUAAUAAUAAUGAUAAUAAUAUGGGUAGAGUGGGGGCUCCCUGACUGCGAUACAUGGAGACCUGGAGAUACGCCCUCACACCUGUAUGUGGGAGACCAGGUGAGCCUGGGACACAGCGCCCUGUGUGUGUGUGUGUGCUGGGGAUUGGGCUCAUUAAGUGUCAUGAUGCUUGACUUGGCUUCUUCAAUUCUUCUUUUUAACAAUAAAUUUAUUUUGUGAUUAUUAUUUAUAUAUAUAUAUAUAUAUAUAUAUAUAUAUAGUUGCAUUACAGAUUAAAUUUAAUAUUCUAUUCUUGUUUUCUUUUAGAAACAAAUGUUGCCAUAUUGGACUGGGAUUUUUUUUUAUUUUUUUUUAUAAAGUUAUAUGUAAAUAAAAAUGAAGCCUUUUUUCUAGGAGAGUUUUAUUUGAAAGGGUUAAAACACAAACCCUUCCCUUGCUGUAUAAGACCAGAGGUGGCUCAUGCUGCACAGACGGCCAGCAGUACCAAGGUUAGUUGUCAAACGGUGCUAAAACUGUUUGGCGUCUUAUAGUGGAACGUCGCCAGGGCACUAAAGGCAGUAUAACCCUUAAAGAGUGCUGUAGUGGUUGUAGCGCUUGUAGUGUUCCUAUAAGGCUGACAUAACCUUGUAGGUAUUGUAAUUUUUAUAACUGCUGCGUCUCUACCUUUUUAUACGUACCCUAUAUAUAACCACACUCAGAUCUGUAACCGUGUGUGGUUCCCUUAUUUACCACUAUAAUGUCUUAAAGCAUAGAACUUAGUAGGGCUAACCAUACAGAUAUCUUAGCCAUAAUUUUAUAUAGUGUAAGAGAUCCUCUAUUUAACAUAUAUAAAUAAUUGAGAAUACAAUAUAAAAUAAGGAUUGUCUUGGAAGCAAGAUUGUCUUUUGGAUAUUUAUUAUAUAAAAAUAUAAAAUCCAUUAUAGCAGAGUUUAUAAGAUUAAAUUACAUGCUUGCAAAUAUCAUUAAUAGGUUAACAUACCCUUCUGAACAUGUCAUCAUGUCAGCCUCUCUGUCAUUUUAAGAUGGAGCAGCGUCUGUCUCCAAGUCUCUCCUCUGUAUCUUAACAUUUAAAAGUACACCUAUUUAUACCUUAGGUGUCUCCAUUUUAGGUUACUGUAGUUCAAAUAUGAAAAAGUAACACUUCUUUUACUUUAUUCAAUUUAGGACCUCCCUUAAUUUGGCAAACAUACAAGGCCAUAACUAAAGGGUGUAUACGUCAUGGAAAUUUUCCUGACUUAGUUCAAGAUGGCAUCUUAAAGUCUGAAUAGGUUAUCUGUUGUUUAUACUAAGUCGUAAGUGUACAGUCGUGGGAGAUUCCCGGAUUUGGGGAAGUUCCAUUAACUUGGGGUUACCACAGUAUAUUGUGUACUGCAAGAGUCGUAGUAUAGCCUUGAAGCUUGUUUAUGCAUUAUUGUUAUUGUAAUUCGUCUGGGACAAAAUGGCGCAAACAUAUUAUGCACUGAGGUUAUUGCUUAAAGAAACAGUUAUGAAAAACAAUAUGUUCCAUUUCUAACACCUUGUCAGUUUGCAAUAUCUCUUAAAGACAAAGUACACAGUUUAAGAAAUACAACAUUUCAUUCUAAAACUUGUAAUAUUAGCAUUUGCCCAUAACACCCUCUCCAUUAAACUGUGGGCAUUGUAGCGCAUUUCUUCCUUAAAUUAGUAAACCAAAGUUCUCCAACUGUCUUUAGGUUUUUUAUGCUCCCAGCAUCUUAGAUCAUUGUUUUAACAGUAAAAUAUCCAUAAUGUGAUCUUUGCCUGUAAAGGUGGUUGAUUAAAAUGAGCAAAGCUUUUGUCUGGGAAAGAAUUGAAAAGAACACCAAGUUCCAGAGUAAGAUAUUCUUGGAUAGAUCCGGAUACGAAUUGUAAUCCAAAGUUAAAAGUAGUAAUUGUAUUUGUAAUCCAAAGUCUUUAAAGGCCUGUAGAAGUUUACAUUCCUUAGAUACAUUGCUGGAGGUUGUGUUUGUAGAAUACCCGGGUAUUUGUUGUAGAGUAUAGGUUGUAGAGUCCAGCUUUCCAAGUAUUUGGAUAGAAGUGGUUGCAGAUAUUGAAUCAGCAUCAUCUGUUAUCACCGUGGUGAUGGCGUUGGUAUUUGUCUUUGCUUGUUUGCUUUCUGUUUUUUUCAUGAAACAUUUUUACACAGUUUAUGAUGUGUAUAGAUUGGAUACUCUCCGAUAUUCUUUUACGGAAUAAAUUAAUUGACAGCAUUUCCAAGACAUUGUCUUAAGUGACAUGGAUCCCAUUAUAGUAAGUGUUAUGUUGAUACAGCAAUCGAAGUGGAUUCUCAAGAACGCCUCUUUUUGCUGUAUUGGAAUCUUUGUAACAUCUCAGUGAUAGACAUCUCACUGACAUCAGGUGCUGUUGUGCUAAAAAUGUUAACAGGUAAAAUCUGUGGAAAAAUCUGUACAUUUGUUAUAGUUUGUAUAAUAAUGAUAGAUGAAAUAGUAACAUAGUUAAUCUUUCUAGUGUUUUGUUUUAAAGAUAAACACCCUUGUAUAUGAUUUAGAUAUAUAAGGAUAAUUUGAAGCAGCAAAGUAUUUACCGUCUUUGUUCACAAUGGUAUGUAAAAUUACAUUCUCUUUAAAUGUUAAAAAUACUCCUUUAUUCAAAAUCUCUCAAUAUAUUUAAAAUAGUUGCUAAUUGGAAAUAUGACAUUAUUCAUCUUUCUUUGUCCUGUUAGGGAGAAGACAACUUAUUCCCUAAGUUAUAAUUAGUAAAUAUAAUAACUACAGUUAUUAGUGGCUUAAAAUACCAGAAACACCCCAAAAUUGUCUUCAAACCAUUUUUUUUUUUUUUAACCAAGAUCUGACAGCCAUUGUGGAAAGUUACAUUCGUGAGAUUGGAUGCUCAACAAUGAGAAUCUUAAUUGUUUAAGUAUAUUUUUCAGUGGCUGUUGGGUGUAGCUUAAGAUGGUUAGAAUGUAUUAUUAUUUCUAAAAGUGAGUUAAGAAAGCACUCCGAUACAAUAUUGAAGGUGUUUAUAUUUUAACACUACCUUUGUAUAGGUGGUUUUAUGUACCUUUAACCAUCACAAACCAAAUAACAUUUUCUUUGUAUUUAAAAAACUGAUAAAAUAUUUGAUUACGUGUAUUUUAAUAUAUAUAUAUAUACAUAGAGUGGUAUGGAUGUUGAAUUUAUAUCUUUGACAUCUUUUCACCAGUUUGCAAUAGGUGACCUAAAUGAUCAAUUUCCAAAUUCAUCAUGUAUAUCACCUGGAUGGGUUAAUCCCUAAUACUCUUUUACUUUCCAUUGACUGGCCUUGGCUCUGGCAGACUGAAUAUUUUAUCAUUAUAAAUAAACUUUGUGAUAGUUGAAGUAAAGUUUCUGCCUGUCUUUCAGUUAAAUUUUAACUGUUGAAGUAUUUCACUUAUAUUAAUUAUACCACUCUGCAAACUUAAACGAAUAUCGAGUAGUUUCUGUUUUAAUAAAAACAUUUCACAUUUUCUUUUAAGGUUUAAACCUUAUUCAUUAUUGCAGUUGUUAUUGCAAUCAUAUGAUCUUUAACUAUCAUGAUUCAAUUAUUCAUCUGGGUAAUUAGCUGUUAUGCUCUUAUACGCAAGUUUAAUAUAUUUGUUUGUAGGCCAGACUGCAGCUGCAUAUGGCAUUUUAGCAAUAAUCUUCAAUUGCGUUUCAGAUAUUCACAAAGUCUAUCCACCUUUGUAAUUAACACAUAAUGUGUUUAUUUUAUACCAUUAAUUAUAGUAUCUGUAUUAUAUUACACAUCGUCACUGACACAUUUCUGAUACAGGGACAAAAAUAGCAUGAUUGCUUUAGUAAUUAUAAUUUUCUGUCCAUGCACCACAUUCCUGGAAGUCCAGAAUAUAGCAAUAAUCCGUUGUCGUUUGAUUCUAUGGAGCCAUUUAACGUUUCAUUGGUAUAGUUAUACCAAAAGAGCAAGGAGUACGACGGUAGAUCACAUCUGCAACAGAACCAUUACAGAUUCCUUGUUGUAUCAAUGUCUCUGUCUUUAUGUUUACAGGAGGUCCUUGCUUUGCAGGUAUGUACAUAAUAUGUAGAGUUUAAGAAAAGCUGCAAAUCGUGCUUUAGUACAAGUGUCCCAUGAUGUCAGGUUUCUGAAAGAUUUUGCUGGUCUUUUUAUAUUCCAUUCUCUUGGCAGGGCAUCUGCUCUUAGUAGGCCGGUAUUGUUAUUAUUUAUUAAUUGCAUCAAGGUUUCUUUCGUUAAUUGAUGUGUUUCUUCCAAAUUCAAAUUCAUAUGCCACCAAAUGUCAUUGUAAAGUUCAAUGUUACAGAAUAUUGUUCCAGGAUGGUUUUUCUCUCUAGUAGGAAAUCUAUAUUCCUCUUCUUCUGAUCCUUCCUAUCAACCACUUUUUCUGAGUUGUAGUUAACAAUCUGUGUCUUGUACUGUGAGGUGCUUUGAUAGUCAAUCUGGUUUUGUCAGUACCAUGUUCCAUCUUGAAAAACAGCUGGGUGUUGACAGUUAUCAGCCUUUAUUUCUUUUUCCGGUCAUCUUCUGUCUGGAGACAUAAUAACAAUGUCCAGAAUUAGCAUAGCACUUCUUUUCAGCAUAAGAAGGCUGUUUGCAGUAGUCACUUAAUGAUAAACUAUAUGGCAAAGUAUUUUCUUGCAUCACCUUCACAGGUGCAUCCAAAGUCUUUCACAAACAUCUGUCCCAUCUUUUUCAGAUUUCAGCAUGCUUUGUCAUCAUUGUUGAGUCCAUUAUUAGGAUUUGUAAUAGUCCAAUCACAUCUUUCUCAUGUAUAAUCGUUUUUUUUGGAAUGAUCUCAAUAGGUUCCUUGUGAAAUACCAGUGUAGGUCACAUAAGCAAUCAUUUCACUGUGAGCUGUGUCUCUCCUUUUGAGAUAGUUCUUGGAGGUAGUCCUCACGAUCACAGAACUUGUAUAGUGUGCAGUCCAAUUCAGUUCAGGUGUUUCCUGCUUGUUAACAUAAUCCCAAUGCAGUUAGGGUUGAUGUUAUGAUAAUGCUGCAGACUGUAAGAAGGCGACACCAUAACCAAUUUUCUAGCAUCCUUUUGCUUCCAUCUUUGCAUUUCUUUCUUACUGUAUAAGAUAAUUCAUGUUCAGUCUGUUUUCUCCAGAGUCUUUCUUAUAAUGAUGUUGAUGAUUCAUUUUUUAUACAUUCCAUGUUAACUGUGAAUGUAUCACGUCUGUCUGUUCAUCCUUCUCCUUCACAUUUGCAGGUACAGAUGUCAGAUCAUGAUUCAAUCUGUUACGUGGCUGUGAUUCUGAUGGCUUUUCUGUCGUCCUCUGUUUGUUUUAUCUUGUCAUCUUUAACAGCAUCCAUUGUGUCAGUCAGUGGUUCUGUGAACGUCCUGUUAGUAUUUAGCAGGUUGUAAAAUAUCAAAACUUACUGUUCUCUGUUGGCUCUGAUUGUUCUCUGUAGUAAAAGUUCUCUGAGUCACCCUCUCCAGGACAAACUAGCCAACAGUAAGAAAAAGUUGGUGGUGCAAGGCGAGGUGGGCUGGAAAAAAUAAUUCCCUGAAUUUCUCUAAUAGAACCAAUGGUUCUAAGCUCUCCCUGGUGCAGAAAUAUGAUUGUCAGUGAAAAAACAUGUAACAUUUCAUAUGGUGUCUCACCACUUGUAUCAUCAGGUAUGUUGUGAAUGCUUAUCUGUACCAUAGGAAUAAAUAGAUACCACUGUGUGGGGCAAGCAACUAGUAACUUGGUUAAUAAUCAUUUAACCUCAGCAUUCUCCCAGACCACAACUCCACUUCUUUGGGGGUGGUUGGGGCACUGAAAUCCCAAAGUAACCCAAAUGUGGUUGCCCAGUUUUAGGUUUCCUUUGCAGUAACUGCAGGACCACCAUCCGAAUAGAUGGUCCUGGGAUUAUCAAAUGCAUACUAAGGAAGUGAGACUAGAAAACGUGGCAUCAGAGGUUGCACUUCGCACAGGAUAUAUCCAAGUAAACCUGGUACAUGCAUUAACAUAUACAAAAACAUAUUUAUAACCAUGAGAUGUUGGCAAACUUUCAAUAUAUAGUAAUUCAAAAAGUAUGUUAGAUAUUAAUUUUUCAAUAAACAGUACAUCAGUAAUGUAGCAAUAAGCAAAUGCUUAUGAUUACUAAACACAUGAAUUACAGUAUUUCCCAUAUUGUGACCACCAAUAUUCCUUUUCAGGAGUCAGAAGUACAUUAUCUCUCUCUAUAAGAGCUUGUCCUAGCCAUGAAAAAGCUUUUAGGGCAAGUCUAUCUUUCCUCUAUAGGAAGAACAACCAACAUAUUACCUUCAAUGGUUAUUAUGUAAUUAACCCCUCUAAAUGAUAGGAGUAUUUAUACGGAUACCAGGUGGAUAAGGUCUGGAUAUCCUUGCAAGCAUAAACUCUGCAUCAUGACUGAGAGAUAGGGUAUGCGAUGUGAUCCAGUGACCACAGAAAAGCGUUGGUAGACACAUUGCAUCAAAGUGCCUGUUAAUGACCAACUACAUGAGGAGAGGGACCAUGCUUUGUUAUAAGCAUGUCCAUACACAUAUUACAAUGCCAGGCUUUCAAUUUGUUUCCACAAAGUAAAAUGCAGUUGUGGAUAUAAACUCACGAUGUAUCGUAAGAAAAACUGUUUGAACACCAGACUGAGAUACGAGAUCAGUGAACAGUGGACCAAAAUAGAUAAAUGAAAUCCUAUCAAUUAAUAUACUUUCUUUAAAUUACUUUAUCCUCUGUAUUAACUAUGAAAUAUUAAAGUUAAAACAAUAACAUUUAAAAGCCAACUUUUAGUGUGCAUAGGAAUUACAAGGCCGUUCAUAAUGUGAGAUAAAGAACAGCUUUUUAAAACUGAAUAGUCUGUGAACACAAGAUGACCUUGCGCUGAAAACUCACUUGCAGGGGAAAAACAAAACCUUCUUUUUUCUUUUUCUUUAGUAAAUUAAUUAAUUAAACGUAGUUAGAACCUCCCUCAAAGUCCCGAUGACUUUGCAAGAAACAUGUCGUCCUUAAAUACUGGGUAAGUCUAUUAAACAGUGACAUAGCAUUGCUACCCUGUGUAUUAUGUUGUCACAGCUAUAAUGUGCAGUAUUACAAACUAUUUAUAAGUGUUGUGCAAACUAUUCAUUAAAAGCUAGUGGUCUAGUGAGCUAUAGAACAUUUAUUUAUUUAUUCUUUAAACCUCUGACCUCAAUCGGCAAAGCAAUAUUGUAAUGGUGUCCAUUGCAAUCUGCUGUCUAUACUUGCUGCUCUCAAAAAUUCUGAAUAUGUUCAGAGAUUUCUUGGGCAAUAAUAAAUCCCCCAAAACAACAACUUUGCAUUUAUGCUAAACCUGCCUGUUGUAAACGUAUUCUGUAUAUUUCUUGACAUAAGUACUUGUACUUAAAUCUGUUUAACAAAGCUGUUUAUAUUUUGGUGUAAAUUUUUUUUUUUUAUUAUUAUUAUUUAUUUUUUUUUUUAACAUUGUUUAAUUUUUAAAGAUACCUGCAUAUUUAAUAAAAUAUCCUGUAUAUGUCUUUAAGGCAUAAAAUAUCUGCAAAUUAAGAUUAUAUAUAAAAAUGCAUGUUCUGGGUGUUCCCGUGAUUCCUUUUCUAUCAUUUAUUUAUUUUAAAAAAAAUUUAAGUCUGGAAUCUGAUUUCUUUUGGGAUGAGCACCCCUCUGAGCCCCCCAAUUUCAGAGGCUUCUUUGGAGGUGACCACUGAAAAGUAUAGAUUCUAUAAAAUAGAUGUGAGGGGGCUUUGGACAGUAAUGUCACUUUAAUUAUACUUUUCAUUUAGCAGAUAUGUGAUAUGCAAUGUGAUUUAAUAUAUCAGAGUAUUAUCACUUUAAUUGACACUGCAUUUUUUUAUGCAUUAUUCUUUAUGCAUUAUUAUUUUUCUUUUCUUUUUUUUUAUUUUAAUGUCUGUUUAGAAUAUUGCAGGCUUUGCAAUAUCAAAUUAAUUUUGCAUUAUAUAUAUUCACAAUGCCCUUACAACAUAUUAUUAAAAUUAGCCUCUUUCAGAAUUGUAGAAUAUGUGGUGGAACUGAAUCCCCAUAUAUGAGAUUUGAAACUGUAUUUUUAUUUCUACUCUGUGCCCUAAUCAGUAUUUAUAUACAUAAUUGCAGCAGCAUAUAGCUUUUAAAGAAGCAAUUAUUUCACCCUUCAUGUGUGGUUGACUGUGGACUUUUUAAAACCUACUCUUUAUAUUUAUUUAUUUAUUUUAAUCCGUUUCUGGCUCUGAGAGAGCAGGCUGCUGAAUGCAUGUAACUGCUGUUAUUGCCUAGUCUAUAUACUUUUAUUUAUUUAAUCGUAUUUUAUAAAAACCUAGUUUAUGAAAUUCACUGAGAUUACAUGUGUCUGAUCUGAUUACAGUCAGUAGUACAAUAUAAUUGUUCUAAUUUCCUUACUGCUAGUACGGAGGGAUAGUACCAAUGAUUUAAGUAAGCUUUCCCUUUUAAAAUUGGUGGACUUUACUGCCAUUGCAAUAGACUAAAUACUGUACCUAAGUAAGCAAAGUCAUUAUGUGCAGGAAUUGUGCACUUUAAAUAGUAGAAUACUUAUGCUAUUCUAGUGAAUUGGGCUGGCUAAUUAACACAUCAUUUAGUAUCUUUUGGUCACAGUUAAAGCUGUAAAUGUAUUUAACAUUUUAUUUAAAUAAGCCUUUAAUAAUUUCAGUUUAAAAGUUAUCAGAGAUCCUGUAUAGUUACAAUUUUAUUUUGCCCCGCUUUAUCUUACGUAUAUAUUAUUUGUAAUCAUUUUAUCAAUAUUUAUUUAUGCAGAGAAUUUAGAGAAGCAAAGGAUGUAUAACCACCUGUUGCCCUUUUUUCUAGGAGGGUAGUAUAAUUUCAACUCUGUUUAGGAAAAAAUAUGAGCUAGUUAGCAUAUGUUAUAUAAAAUAUAUACUGCAUUGAAUGUAUUUAAAAGCCAUGUAUUUUUCUUUAUGGCUGUAUGUAAUAAUGUUGUUCAUAAUUUGGAAUAUAAAACGACUUCUCAAUUCCUUGGAAUGUUUACAUGUCUCUAUCUCCGCAACCUUGGCUGGAAAUUCCAGACUCCAAACAUAGUUAUGCUGUUAUAAUUCCUGAUUUUCAAUCAACAGCUAGCCUAACUGACAAUAUGGAAAAUAUCACUGUUUUCUAAAACCUUUCUUAUAUAGUGGACAUUAGAAUCCAGAACGCAGUAAUGCAAUAAUUAAAAAUCCUGUCUGUCUGUUGCAUGAAUGUUUUCAUUAAGCCAUAAUGCAUUUUUCUUUGCAUUCUUGGAAUUAGACUUCAAAUUUCAUCGCUCUGUCUCAUCACUUUUCUUUUGACAACAUUUUGCAUUAAUCUUUUUCCUGCGCAUGCAUACUAAGCAGCUACAAAGAGAACAUAUCCCCCUGUCUGCAAUCCACUGUCCUGGAACUAACGGGCCAUGCUAUGCUGGUGUAUUAGGCAUUUGUUCUAUUAUGAUAUUAGUUAAGAUCCACAAUUUCAGCAUUGUAUGCUAAUUACGUUGUACCUGGCACCUAAACUCACAGUGCCUUGUUCACAUUAAAAUCAUCUCUAAUGAUCUCUCCCUGAGUCUGGGCUACAAGUAGCUCAAUAGAUUCUUGAUAUUUCAAGACUUGUGCCAUGACAAAGUACUGUGUCUUCUCUUACGUAUAAGAGGUUACCUAGGUAUUUAUUUUAUAUUUAAAGCUUCCAAGUACAAAGUCCCUUCGUGGUCGCCAAUUGUAACCGUGUGUGGUUCCCUUAUUUACCACUAUAAUGUCUUAAAGCAUAGAACUUAGUAGGGCUAACCAUACAGAUAUCUUAGCCAUAAUUUUAUAUAGUGUAAGAGAUCCUCUAUUUAACAUAUAUAAAUAAUUGAGAAUACAAUAUAAAAUAAGGAUUGUCUUGGAAGCAAGAUUGUCUUUUUGGAUAUUUAUUAUAUAAAAAUAUAAAAUCCAUUAUAGCAGAGUUUAUAAGAUUAAAUUACAUGCUUGCAAAUAUCAUUAAUAGGUUAACAUACCCUUCUGAACAUGUCAUCAUGUCAGCCUCUCUGUCAUUUUAAGAUGGAGCAGCGUCUGUCUCCAAGUCUCUCCUCUGUAUCUUAACAUUUAAAAGUACACCUAUUUAUACCUUAGGUGUCUCCAUUUUAGGUUACAGUAGUUCAAAUAUGAAAAAGUAACACUUCUUUUACUUUAUUCAAUUUAGGACCUCCCUUAACUUGGCAAACAUACAAGGCCAUAACUAAAGGGUGUAUACGUCAUGGAAAUUUUCCUGACUUAGUUCAAGAUGGCAUCUUAAAGUCUGAAUAGGUUAUCUGUUGUUUAUACUAAGUCGUAAGUGUACAGUCGUGGGAGAUUCCCGGAUUUGGGGAAGUUCCAUUAACUUGGGGUUACCACGGUAUAUUGUGUACUGCAAGUGUCGUAGUAUAGCCUUGAAGCUUGUUUAUGCAUUAUUGUUAUUGUAAUUCGUCUGGGACAAAAUGGCGCAAACAUAUUAUGCACUGAGGUUAUUGUUUAAAGAAACAGUUAUGAAAAACAAUAUGUUCCAUUUCUAACACCUUGUCAGUUUGCAAUAUCUCUUAAAGACAAAGUACACAGUUUAAGAAAUACAACAUUUCAUUCUAAAACUUGUAAUAUUAGCAUUUGCCCAUAACAGAUCUUUGUCUCCUUAAAAUCAUCACACGGGAUGUUAUACACUAGUGUCUUUUUAAAUAUGAAUAGAUCUAGCCACUGAUUGUUUUUGUGUGACUGCUAUUGCAAUAGUGGAAACUGUAGAAGGGAGUAAAAGUAGGUGAUAAUUUAUUAAAGGCUUCCUGACAAAUGAUGCGUGUAUCCUAAGGCCAAGAACAAGUAAAUAUAUGAGGAAGACAGUAAGCUUUUUCAGUAAAUAUUGAAUUAUCAAUAGACUUCCUGAAUGAUUGGUCCAAUCUUACUGUACAGCUACAUUAACUUGAUGCUAAAACCAGUUGAUAUAAUACAUCACUAAUUGUCAAAGUAUUUUUGGCUGACCAUAAAAGUAUUCCAGGCAGGCUAAACCUGUCUAAUUCAAAAGCUGUGUGAGCUAUCACACCUAGGGUGGUUUGUGGCAAGAUUGGCAUGUAGUUAAUAAUACACAUAAUAUUAUGUGUUAAUAAUUAUAGCUAUGGUAAUUGUCAUCUGGCGUGCGUUGUUGCACACAUGAAUUUGUAUGCUGUCAUUCUUUAGCAGUAUGGGGUGCAAUGGUACGUUAUUGGUACAUGUGUACCUAUGUUAUAAGUGUUCUAAAUUUCAGGGUUGUGUUUUUUUAUUUAUUUUUUUAAUCUGUGAUUAGCAUUAGUCCAUUACAUAUCGACUAGAUUUAAAAAAAAAAAAAAAAGCUUCCCUUAAAAGAAACACUCUAAUCAAUCCAGCUCACGUAGAGGUUAUGGUGCUGUAGGUCCUGUGCCACCCCCUCCCUAUCUAAGCAGUCAAACUGUGUUAGAAUAGCUGUACUUAUUACAUGGAGUCUGCAUGAUGUUCACAUAAUGUAUGAAUGAACUGUAUUCGUAAUGUAAAAAAAAGUUGCACAUAAUAAAUGGUAUACAACACUAGACAAUUUAGGGAAAAUUUAAAUACGACUUGAAAAAAAUGUAUGUCUUAUUUAUAAUGGUCUCAAAUAGGUCCUUAUGAAGAGAAAGUUCCCUAUAGGAUGGACCGUUCCAGUAACAGUCUGAUAUCCUCAACGGUUCAGCGAAUGUGAUAUGUAACACAAAAUAGGCCUGUGAUAGUGUAGUAUUUUCAAAAGUGGAGCAUUAAUAUAAAAGGAGGAGGAACUACACUCUAAAAAGGCUAGUGCGAAAUCAACCUUCAUGUGGUGGCAUAAUCCUUGUCAAGGAUGUAGCAGAUAAGUAAACAUGCAACGUGUAUGGUUGUAGUCAGUCUGAUGGAGCAUCUCACAUGUUAAAUGUGAAGCAUAUACAAAAUAUCAAUAGUGUACUUUUUGUGUGUUUCAGGUGGUCUAAAUGAGAACAGUCAAAAUCACUUAAAAACGCAGAGCUUCACAAUCCGCUCAAAGAAAACUGCAGGGAGUGGUACAAUUCUUAUGUUAUUUGGAGGAUUUUACUUGCCCUGUGAAAUUAGCAUGGGUAGUAUAAUCCCCACCUAGGAUACUUGAAGAUAGUACUAGAUGAUGUAAUGCCAGUGGAAACCUCAAUAUGUAAUGCCAGAAGAGACUUCAGUACCAGCAGAGGAAAUUUAAAUUGUAGGAAUGACGAUAACCACAUGAGGUAUACUAGUGAACACUAGUAUUUAAUAUGUUUAAAUAUAGUAGACAUAAAGGAAUAAGAACAUUAAAAUCAAAAGGAUCAGUAAAUUCACAAUGAGUUUUGUCUACAGAAUCUUUUUUAAUUGUAUCGUAGUCCUAUAAUCACAGUUUCGACUGCUCAUCAUGGACAAUGCGUUUUUUUUGUAUCGGAAAUAGUUCUCAGGACAAAAUAUUAAAAAUUUCUCAUAUAUGACUGGUUAAAAUCUAAUUUCUUCCCCCAAAAUUAACACAAUUUUUUUUUUUUUUAGGCUUUUUAAAAUAUUUUUCAUGUGUCAAUAAGGUUGUAUGUAUCAUGAGAUACUUAUUAGUUAUUGACGUCACUGACCAUGUUUUUUUUUAUUUUAAUUUAUUUUAUUUUUUUUAAUUUUAGAUGCCCUAUAAAUUUUCAUUCCCCCUCAGGACCUCCUGUUUCUUCACUUUAAAAAGCCUAUUUGGCGAAACGCGUUGUCAAUUUGUGGAACCUUUUGAUUUUAAUGUUAUUGUUUUAUGUCUAUUUUGCCCAUAGAAAAUACCAGUGUUUGCUGCUAUACCGUCUGUGGAUUUACAAUAUUUAGUCUCUUCUGGCAUCACAUACUAUAUUGACAAUUCCUCCAGCAUUACACCUGGUUCUAUCUUCAUAUAUCCUAAGUGGGAUUACAUCACCCAAGCUGAUUUCAUAGAGCAAAUAAAAUUGCUCCAAAAACCCUACGUAUAUUUAAAAAAAUUUUUCCUACACAUUGGUAUAAGCGGAAAGCCCCAUGUAGUUUUCUCCUUUUAGGUUUGCAACUUCUGUUCUUCUGACUAUUUUUGAAGAAAACUGUCUACCUAUAUCUCAGAGUGGGGGUUUUACCAUCCCAUGCUGUUUGCUUAGAGCUGAUUGUGAAGCUCUGUGCUUAUAAAUGUGUUUGAUGUUUGUUACCUGAAACAAAAAAAUACUACACUAUUGAUAUCUUUUAUAUGCGUAUGUUCACAUAUCACGUAUGAGGUGCUCCGUCAGACUUUGGUUGAGACUACAUCCACACUUGUUGCACGUCCUGCAUAUUUACCCACUUGCUACGUCCUUGAUCAGGAUUAUACCACCACAUGUUGAUCGUAAGCUAGUUGAUGGCUUCUUUUUUGUGAGUGUUUUUCCACUUCCUUUUAUAUUACCUCACCACUUUUGAAAAUACAAUACUAUCAUAGGCCUAUUUUGUGUUUAUUUUUGUUACAUAUCCCAUUUGCUGGCCCGUUGAAGAUAUCAAACUGCUACUGGAACUGUCCAUCUUAUAGGGAACUUUCUCUUCAUAAAGACCUUUUGGGACUGUUAUAAAAAUACUGUAAUAUGUUUUUGUUUUUUUUCCUAAACUAUAUAUUAACAUUUUCAUACAUUGUCAAGUGUUGUAUAUUUUCUGUUUUUUAUAUUGUGAAUUUUGCCAUCUGUUGGGGUUUGAGGGAAUCCCAGUCAUCAGUGUUUGCUGUCCCACAAGAUAGCGCUGUAUCUAAAUUUUUUUUUUUUUUUUUUAAUUCUUUAUUUUAUUUGUGCAUAGCGUGAACAUUCAUGUUUACACUGCCACGAUAGCUAGUGCAAGCAGAUAUGGAAACAUAUAGUAACAUAGUUAUGGCAUUGAAAGACAUUGCACAGUUUUUAUAUUUAAGAUAGGAAACAUGCGAAGGGUUAAACCAACUUGUAUGACUAAACAGUAUGGUGAAGCUUAAACAUAUAUUGUAUGCUGUAUAUACUAAUGAGUAGUAUGCUAGCGCCCUCGGCAACUCGAUUGGAUCAAUGCUAAAUACCAAGCGUGAUGUGCACUAUACACAAGAGGGGAGGGUGAAACAUAUGGCAUAGUGCUUUAUCAUAACCGGCUGUAGUAUGGUAUUAAGCAAGCCAUGUUCUAGUUUACAGUGCUGCACAGAAUAGCAUAGCAUAACCCUCUUGUAUCUCCUUUACUCAGAGCCUAAUGCGUUUUACAUGUUAAAGGCGUUACGAGCAAUUCUCAAGACUGUAAUGACUUAGGCUGGUAUACCCGAAAAGACAAAAGAGGAGAAAAAACAAACCUAGACAUAUGCGGCAGUACAAAAUGUUCAUUAAUGAUGUAAUCUAUAUAGUGCCAGGUGUCUGCGGCCGCAGGCCGGCAUGUCCAUGGUGCACAUGGUGGUUCUGCGCAGCCAUGCAAAUAAACAUUCAGCCUAUGCCCAGGGUCGGAAAGCUGUGGUAGGGCUGUACAAAGAUGCCCCCUUGUCUGGGAUCCAUUCCAGUUGUGACCCACAAUGAGUGCAGUCUCUCAGCUACUCGAGGUGCAGCGUGGACUGUAACGGGUAAGGUCGCGCUGCCUUGUUUACUGCCUGUCGGGUCUGGUGCGGUGCGUGUGUUUCUUCUGUGCGUUCCUCUCAGUGUCGGAACACCACCAUCAGGUAUGUGGAGUGACCGACCAGAGUGCUUCUGCAUCUUUACUUGCCGGCUCCCGAAGGUUGCCGCCUUGCUUUUUUUGUCGCCUUUCGGGUCUCCGGUUACUUUUUGUCUGUUAGUUUCUCGCAGCCUCUGUCCCGCUGGGCGAUUCGGUGCCUGGGGUGACUGUGCCUUCCUCCGUGUGGUUUUGCUUAAUUGAGUGUGUUUUCGGGCGUUGGGCCCCAUCCCUGGGGACAGUAGAGCUUCCAGUCGCUCCCAGAAUAUUUGGAAGGCCCUGUCUAUUCGGCUCUCCCCCUCUGGCUCUCGCUUGGGAAGGUGAAGGUGUACGCUACCGCCGCCAUUUUAGGGGCUUCGUCCGCCAGGUUUCUCCUUUGCUUUACAAACUUAUUCCUGUGAGUCUGUGUCGAGUUGCCCCCGUUAUCCAGGGGGGACCGGGAUGACCCCCACCGGUCCAUAGGGGGGGGGGGAGGUUGUGCUACAAGCUUACUGUUAGCCGUGUGCGUUUGGCGGGAAAGCGGCUGCCUUUCUCCGCCACCUCCCUCUGUAGGCCCCAGUCUGCCGAUGCGGUGCCCGCUUACACCGGACCUCGAGUGUGGUGUCCUUGGGUUCGUGUCGGUUUCCCAAGUCCAGUAGGCCCACUUGUAGAAGGGUGAGCGCAGUGCGGCUUGAGUUAUUCGCCGUUUUUAUGCUCGGUGCACAGGAGCUGAUUCAGAACACGUCUGCUCUGUUCUCUAGUCAGGCUCCGCCCCCAAUUUUUUUUUUUUUUUUUAAGUUCAGUUUAUUAGACUCUUUGGAGUAAAAUAGAUUUACUGCUGAUGACAUUUUAUUAAUGAGUUGGUAUUUGUGAAAGAUGUUUUACACUUUGGAUAGCACAGUUUCUGUGUUUGUAGUCUGGCUGGUUAGGGGGAUGUCAAUGGAGAAAGGUCAGAGCUAGGGAUUAUACUGCAGAAAAUGAACAUUCAGGGUAUACUUGUGUUCCACGCCUAUGCUGCUUUAGUGGUUUCAUAACAUAAAAUCUAAGUAAAUUGCACUUUGUUUUAAUAUUGUAAGAGCAAACAUCAACUUAACUAGGUUAAGAGACUAUGGUAGACUAUCAUAAGUGAAGAACGUGUUAAUGGCAUGAUUAAGCAGGCCAAAUAAUGGAUCCUAGGUCAACCUAUGCCCUCUGAGGGCAGAAUACAGUCCCAAAAUUUACUUAGUGUUCAAAGGACCAGAAGCUUAAGAGGUGACGGAGUCCCAGGUAAUGAAAGACCAUAAAGGAGUCCCACAAACUGCUACGUCAUCCGUUUCAUCAAGGAGCCAGUCUAAGGCCCAGACACCCAUGAUAAAAGUGGUAGCUAGCAAUGCUGGUACCUGACCCGCUUUUGUGGACAAUACCGCGAUGUCUGAAGCUCACAGAUUCUUGGGCCGUGUUAAUCACGUGCCUUUUCUGAAUGUGAGGAACACACAACUAUAGAGGCGGCGGUAGGGUAGGUAUCUGCAGCACAUCCACAGAGGCUUGCUGGUGAUUUCUGAGCUUGAACCAGAAUUCCUAAAACAACUAAGCCAACAUAAGGGACGGCUUGUCUUGGCAGUCGGUUGGGCACAUGACAUCCAUUAUUUUAGAGAAGAUGGGAGUUUUGUAGUUUGCUCGCCAAUGCUAUUUGUGAGUCACUGUAAAACUUAGCAGUAAGUGCCUGGAUAACCCUUACCCACAGGAGGGAAUACAGGGAUAAUUUUGUAUUUUGCAGAUUUCAGAGAAGUUAAAGUGGAAGGAUAGGCCACAUUUAGUCAGCAGGUCAGCCCCAAGCAAAAUCCUCCAAAUGCAAUCGGAAUUGUUGCUAAAUGAAUUAUGCUUGAGCCCGCAAGGUUGUUCGACAGCUUCAGAUGCUUUAAAAUCCCUAAUGCAGGGCUUGCAAAUUUGCUUUCAAUCUAGGAGCCAGGUAAAAAAAAAAGUUGGCUUCCCCCCCCCCCCCCCCCCCAACGACAAUUCUUAAAGGAACAUUAGUCACCAGAACUACUACAGCUUAAUGUAUUAGCUUGGUGUCUAUAGCCUAUCUCUGCUGGCUUGUCAAUGUAAAGUCUGCCUUUUCAAAGAGAAGGCAGUGUUUACAUUACUGCAUAGUAAAUUACGGAUCCCUUCACUUCCUACUGGUACAUCGGCCGUGUGUGGGGUUUCAGGAGGGAACGGGUCGACCAAUCCACUCAAUGAACAUUUUAAACUACUUAUAAGUCUUUGUGUGAUGUUUAUAUUAUAUUGGGUGGAUUGACUCAUUAAUCAGAAAGCCAUGGGAACAUUUGGCCUGUGAACAGGAACACCGCAUGUGGGAUGUGACCCCCAGAAUUUAAUGCAUUAUAAAAAAUAUGGUAUUAAAAUAAAAAAUGAUGAAAAAUUGUCUUUCGUACUCCUGAAAUUGCAGCACUUGCACAGACCAUUUCAAACUCCACCUAUCAUGAUUCUCUCAUUCUGUUCUAUGUUGGGGGUGAGGUUAUUUGUUUUCAAUAACUAGAUGAGUGGCACUGCAGAACGAGGGCUGUGGCUGUUUAUUCACAGUAUGCUUUGGUUUUGUCUGUAUGUAGAGAGUGCCUGAGAAUCUGACUGCACAUAUAAAUGGGUGGGUCUAUCUUCAGAGCCAGGGAGUGAGAUGUCCACACACAUUUUGGAUGGAUCGUGGGUGUCUGUGUAGAAAAUAAAAUUCCUUCUUUAAGGUCAUAGAACCAGCCAUAUUUUGCAUAGAUGCCUGAAAGUAAGAUUCAGCCUGGUGACUGUGGGGUGCAGGUAAAGGUAAGUUUUACCUGCCUGAAGCUGUCCCUUGUGGCCUCCACAAUCUUUGUCUUGCAAGUCCUCUUCAGCACCUAGCUCUCUUUAGUUACCAGGAGCCGCAUUAGUACUGUAUUCUCACUCACGCAUGAGAGUAAGACACUUAGGUCUGAUGAUCCUGUAAGACUGGUAUCCUUCAUAAAUCGAUACCUGAAUCACACAUCUGUAAUGUUGGGAUGGGAAAAGAAGUUGACGACAGAGCUUCGCAUUUUGGCAACCUCAUAAUUUACCAUAAGACAAGGUAGUCCCUGCUUUCUCUCAUGGUAUCUUUGGAUUGCGUUGGCAUUUCUGUUAAAUACCAGUGCAGUCUUGAUGAGUAUUUCAUAAAGAAUGUAUCUUUAUAAUAUACUAAAAAAAGAUAGAUCUUCUUCAAUAAGCUGCAUUUAUAAGCCACUGUGUGCUCUACGCAGGAGUAGGACGACUCUGCACCAAAACGUUUUCAAUGAUUCAAAGUUAUUGUGCUUGGUGAACCUUUUAUCUGAUUGACACUAAUCUACAAGGGAGAUUUUGAGUAUCCGGCUUGCAAUCUCAUUUCUACAGAAAUUUCUUGAUGUACGUUUUCCAUAUACACCCGCAUAUUACUUUGAGUGGCUGAGAAUGCACUGGAAACAUUUAGGAAAUUUUAUUUACUAAUAUCAUUGUUUUCUUAAAUCAAAGACACUCCAAGCACCUUGAUUCCCUAUGUUUCUUGCAUAGGCUAUGGUGAAACUCUUUCUCCUAGUUAUUAUAACUGCACCAAUAUGUUCAUACCUAGGAUCAACUGAUUGCACAUAUCUGCGCAAAUAUUAUUAUUAUUAUUAUUAUUAUUGCCAUUUAUAUAGCACCAACAGAUUCUGUAGCGCUUUACAAUAUUAUGAGAGAGGGGAUUUUACUAUAAAUAGGACAAUUACAAGAAAACUUACAGAAACGAUAGGUUGAAGCGGGCCCUGCUCAAACAAGCUUACAGUAGAUAGGAGGUGGGGUAUAAAACAUAUUGGGACAGGAAAUAGCAAUCAAAUAAGGUGGGUGUGAAGCAAUGCUGGAGGAGAGCGUAGAGUGCUGCCCUAUAAGAGAGAGCAAGAGACAGGUAUGUGAGGUAGAGGUUAGUCUGGGAGGCCAUAAGCUUUCCUACAGAAAUGGGUUUUAAGGUACAAACAUUUGUUGUUUCUUUCUCUGCUGGGAAUAUAGGAACAGAAAUCUGAAUGGAAAGCAAAAAGCAGUGAGUUGUGAAAAUCUUUACUUCCUGUUCUCACAGAAACUGCACAUUUCAUCCCCCUCCCCUUUUUGUAAUGCAUUAUCUCAUAGCGCUUGAAAGUAUGGGGGACUAGAGUGUUAUUUCAGUCAUUGGUUACAGUUACACGUUAACUUGUUUCUUAAAAGGAUAUCCCAGGCACUAUAACCACUUCAACCCAGUGAAGUUUUAAGGUGUGAUGAGGUGCCACUUACCUUCGUACCUAAGAAUAUUGAUCAGUUAAUGAACAAACACCAAAUUUUUGAAGAUGGUGCCCAGCUGUUUCCUUUGUUGGUCAGGCGUCAAUCAAGAAGCCUACUGACAGGAGGAGAAUGCGAGCCGACACUCUAAACCUAUCACUAGCACCCCAUUCAGCAAGGUGGAUUUGAUUUAAAUCAUGUCGCUUUAUAUCACUAAUCCAUAAGACUCUAUUUAAAUCAUGAUUUUGAAAAGUGCAGACUAAUUUUUAAUGGUAGUUAUAAAUUUUACCAGUACACUCUAGGCACCCAGACAACUUUCACUCAUUGAAGUGGUCUGGGUGCAGAUUCCCCACUGCACUUGGUACUGCAGUUUUAGAAAAAACUGCACAGUCACUGUCUACAAGAACAAAUGCAGUAACAGUAAUGGAUAUAUAUAUAUAUAUAUAUAUAUAUAUAUAUUUAAUAUAAAAACAGUUCAAUUGUUUACUGUCAAAUAAAAUAAAGCCUUCACAGCACUUCUAAUGAUGUUUCAUUGGGGCCACCAGGCCUUGCAUUUAUGUGCUUUACCCAUAUUUAGAGGAACAUCAUUAAAAUAAUCACAAGCUGUGUCUCUUAUGGCCUGCUGCCAUUUUGCUCCUCAAGGGAGGAAAUAAAGCACCUAAACCUAUGUGAACCAAGAUCCCAAAGUUUGUAAGCUGCUCAGGUUUAAGUUUCAUUCUACUGCUUGCCCCUCCCUCCUUACACUUACAUCCUGGUACAGAUGCAUUUCACUCCAAACAAUCUUGAAACCUAGUACUUAAGGUAAUGUGUUCAUUGUUUGAACAAUGGGUUUAAGGUCUUUUCCUGAACUUUUUGUUUAUUUUGUUAUUUUUACUUGCAUGUUAAAGUGCAUGUUAUCUUAGCUUGAAUAACUUAGAUUAGUUACCAAAAAUGUUAAUAUUGCAUGAAUGUGCAGUCCUAUAUUGCAUAGCUCUAUUUCAUUCUGAAUAACCUUUUGAAUUAUAAUGUAUUGAAUUCUAAAAAUGAAACUCUUGAAAAAAAAAUUCUCCAAAAGCUUUUCAUUAAAAUAUAAUUGACUAAAAUAAAAAAUAUCCAAUUAAAAUCUUUUUUUUUUUCUUCGUCUUUAAAUCCUAGUUUCAUCCACACUUGUAGUCAUUAUUUCACUGAAUAAAUGCAUAUAUUUUUAGAAUUUUUAGUUUUUUGUUUUCCCGUCCCUGUUUCAUUUUCCUGGGGAAUUUCACUAGCCACGUAUGUCCCACUGCGGCGGUCCAAUUGCAAAUAUUUGCAAAGAACGUGCUCUCAACAUUUGCUGACUCUUAGUUUAGGUUCACAGAGCUAAACAAGCUAGGAAGUAACAGGACCAGUUGUAUGAUUGAAAGCCAGCUCAGUGUAACAAUGUUCAUUUAUAAAAGUGCCAAUUUCUUUUGAAAUCAGCACUAUUUAUAAAAUGCAAAAGAGGAUAAACUUUUCACACAUAAAACAUUUCAGUAAGCUAUAAUGCUUUAGGUGUCUGGAGUGUCCCUUUAAGGACAGUAAGGGGUUAAUGAAUGUUAGGAUGGAGUUACCAGAUCUAAAAUUAAUUGAACAUUUUGUAUAACAUUUUGGAGCACAGAGUGUAAACUAUGUUUUUAUGUUUUGAACUGCUCAAGUUUCUUCAAGGAGCUGGAAGCUUUACCUUUCUAAGAAUGUUGCAAUAUGUUGAAUGUUGCCUUCACAGUUAAGGACUUGUAUAACAACAUUCCAAGAACAAUUAUUGCUGUUCCUUAACCCCUUUCAGCUGGUGCGCAUACAAUGCCGUCCUAUACUAAGUGGACUUAAAUUUAAAUUUGAUGUGUAUAUUCAUGUUAAACUUUUACAUAAUUGUGUGAUUUCUUUUCAUAAAUUACAGUUUGAGGGACCUAACUGACAAAGCCCAGAGAAAUAAAUUUGCAAGCCCUAUAUUUAGCCCUGUAACCUUUCAAGACGCCAUAAAACCUGUACAUGGGGGGGUACUGUUGUACUCCGGAGACUGCAGAAUACAAAUGAGUGUUUGUUUCAAAACAGUAAAACUUAUCACGGCGAUGAUCUCAUCAGUAAAGGUGCACUUGGUGUGAAAAAUGCAAAAAAACAAAUCUGAACCCUAACUUUGGUGAGGUGUUUGUGACUCAGUGGCUACUUAAAAAAAAAAAAAAAAAAAAGACAUACCCCAGUUUGAAUGCAUGGGCUGUCUACUUUUGCAAAUGGUAUGCCACGAGGGGGGUAAUUCUCAUUCCUGGGCUGCCAUACGGUCUCAAAGGCAACAUAACCAAAUCUGGCAAAUUUCAAUGUGUAAAAACUGAAAAGGGGAAAACCCUAUACUAGACAUGGGGGUGCUGUUGUACUUGUGAGACAUGACUGAACACAACUAUGUUUUAUUGCAGUACGAACAUUCAACAUUAUGACAUUUACAGUUAAGCCAUGCUGAACUAGGAAUAUAAAAUCUUAUUUUUUCACUUUUUUCUUUACUUUUUAAGAUUUUAUCCAUAUUAAAUUGUUUAAUAUAUACAUUUAUGAUGAGAAAUGAAAGCCAUGUUUCUCCUAAACAAGAUGCUAUAUAAUAAGUGUGAGUGCACUUAAUAUGAAAGAGGAAAGUAAUGGUUGAACAAAUAUAUAUAGAUCAAAUUCUCGAUUUAAAUUUGAUCAGAACUUAUACAUGUAUAAUGUCCAUGUGGAUGUAUUAACCUAUGUUGUAUGUUUUCUUAUAUAUAAAUUCUUACAGAUUUGCAUACGUUUCACUGGUUGUGUUAGCUUCUGCAGCCCUAAUGUACAUUUACAAAAUGUACAUGCACAAAAAUAUUGAAACCUUAAGUCAAAUGAAAAUAUAUUUCAAAAGUGCAACUGUUUUUAUCUUAAAUAUUCAAGGGAAAGCCUAAUUUUCUUUAUUUUUAUAUAUAAGCUGGUACUUUUGUAAAGGCUUUUGGUGCACCUUUUUCCACACACAAAAUCGAUUUUAAAGGGAGAGUCUCCACAACAUAACUACUAACAGCUCAGUAUAGUGGUUAUGCUGCCAUUAGUAUGACAAAGGGUCUCUUCAGCAGAAUCUAUAUGGUUCCUGCACCUCUCUGUCAAUGUUAAACACAGAUCUGCAUACCAGUAAAGCCAUAAGACUUGCUUUUCCCACAGAAAGCUCAAAUCUGCAGUGAUGUUACUACUCUAAGAGAUUUUGGGUGGGCAUAUGCAAAUGAGUUCAACAAAGAAUCAAAUCUUUGCCUCAAUAUUCCAUUUUAAACAUUAAUUCCUUGGAGUUUGUGUUUUCUGUAUACAACAGCUUUGAAACAACUCAUGAAGAGAUGCAAAGCCAGUGAACCACUCAUGGACAGCUGUUUCUUUAUAAAUGCAACUCGCCAGCAUGAGGUUGGUUACUGUCUUGCGGCUUUGUUUAACUAAUUUGCAUAUACCCAUCCAGAAUCCCUUGCAGUAGUAACAUCAGAUGUAACUUCACAAUGUGCAGCGCAGAAUGUUUCUCAUAGCGAUGCAUUGAUUCAAUACAUCUCUAUGAGGAGAUUCUGAUUGGCGCAGCGCAUCAGCCUCCCAAUGCUUUUCUACUGUAAAGCAUUGGAUUGGCUGAGAUCUUUUUGAUGUUCUCAGCCAAGGAGGCAGAGCGGGGACGAGGCCAGCCAUGGCAGACCCGUGCACUGCUGGAAUAAAGGUACAUUUGUAUUACCUUUUCACAGGGGAAAAGUGGACUGGCUACAUAAAUGUUUUGAACACUGUAGUGUGAAGAAUACACUUUUAGUAUCCCUGACACUGUAUGUUUCUUUAAAGGAUCACAAUAGUGUCAGGAAAACAAACUCGUUUUCCUGACACUAUAUAACCCUUAGGUCCCCCCCCUCCCGCUGGGCUGAAGGCCCUUCAGCUUCUGACUUUAAUCCAGUGCCACGCUCCCUCGGCAUUGGUGACCUCAGCUCUCGAGUGGAGUGGAAUGUGCAUGCACGGCCAUAGCUGCGCACGCAUUAAAAACGCCCAUAGGAAAGCAUCAGAAAGACAGCCACUAGAGGCUGGAUUAACACUGCAAUGUAAACAUAGCAGUUUCUCUGAAACUGCUAUGUUUACAUCUGAAGGGUUAAAACCUGGGGGACCUGGCACCUAGACCACUUAAUUGAGCUAAAGUGGUCUGGGUGACUAUAGGGGUCCUUUAAUACUUGUCUAUCAAGCUUAUAUUUACGCAUACCCUUGUCCACAUAACUUCAUAGUGUGCAGAUACCACACUACCACACUCUGCUUACUUUAAUACCCCAUUCAUAAAUUAAUAUUCAACUCUAUAGCAAAUGUUGUGCAGAUACUUAGCUCGGUUUGCUUAUUUUAAUAUACCACUCAUAUACACAUAAUUAUCCUUUUAUAUUCUAUUACUUCAUUGCUAGAGGUCAGCGUAGUACUAUACUGUGAAUAAUAAUUGCAUCAUUUUAUAUUCUUGAGAACUCUGACUUCUGUUUCUUUUAGGCCACGUACCUCUAAUUUUAGAUGUUGCUACAAUUCUAAUAAAAAGGUGGUGUAAUCUUGACAUGUACUGCCAACUUUUCAUAGCAUGCUUGUUCUUGUGGUAAUAUCUUUAUUAUAUAUGCACUGCAAAAUAAAAAAAUUUAAAAAGAGAGAAAAAGUUUAAAUGCACAAAUUGUAACUUUUAAAAAAAAUUUAUUUAUUACUUUUAAUACUUUUCUUUUUUUGGCUAGUUUAUACAAGGCCAGCUUGAGAGCAGCAGAUCUUUUAUUUCUACAAGUACAGAUGCAGCCUUUCAUGAACAAACCUUAGAUUCAGACCUUGGAAAGCAGUCUGCUAUAACGGGAAAAAAAAACUGCAUACGUAAUGAUACGUACAAGUUAGAUGAAAGUAUACUGCUCAUUAAAACUCUCUCUCUAUAUAUCUAUGUGUGUGUGUGUGUGCAUAGCCUCUGUACAAUGAAUUAAUGAAAUAUAUACAUAUAUACACACACUGAAAUAGACUGUUUUUGCCUCAAUUGAUACAGAGCACUUUUUAUAAAUACAGGAUUAGCCAAACCAAUUCUGCUACUUUUCAAUGCUCUAAUCAUAAAACGGACACUCUAAACACCAUAACAACUACAGCCAACUGGCCAUAGUCAUCUCAAAACAAUUUUUAGAAUGGUCCUAUAGGCAUCCACGUAUAACUUGAUGAUCUCCAGCAGGAAACUGGAGCUAAACUUCCAGGAAGUAACAAAAGCAGUUGUCUGACAGCCAGACAGUGUCACAAGGCAAAAGGGAGAUUUUAAUCUCCCUUAAUUACUAAUACUAAGCAAUCUGUACUUAGAACCUUUUAGUAGGUGGCUCCCUAUAUUCUGAGAGAGGAAGAAAGGUAAGUUUGGCAUGACAGUGCCGCUUUAACCCCUUAAGGACACAUGACAUGUAUGACAUGUCAUGAUUCCCAUAAAGGGUUAAAGAAGAAGAAGCAUGUAGCAUGUGACCUGUUUUGCGAUGAAUGUGCUCCUGUCGCAAACUAACUUGGUAAGCAGAUUAUAAUUUUAGGAUCUACGGCAUUCUCCAGCUCUUCCAGUCAGUCAAUCCUCGUCUCGUGCCGCUAGCAAAGAGAGGUCUAUACUUAGGAUUGAGUGACGUGCCGGAUUGUCCAAUUUUUUUUAAAGUAGUAGUACAUUAAAUAUAUAAAUUUCAGUUAGAUUUCAGCUAGCACCUGUAUAGAUGAAAUGUAAUGUAUUUUAAUCUAAUCCUAAGCAGUGUGUGUCAUAACUGGUACACUUUAAACCUCUAAUGAAAGAGUAUGAUUAAUGCUGUUUUUCAUAUCGGAAGAGAAGUACAUACCUUCUUCAUUUUACACAUUAAUGUUACCACCGCUAAGACACGUAAAACACAAAGACCUCUGUAUUUUGUCACAGUUAGUGUUCCCUGCUGGUAUUUAACAUAGCUUUCAUUCUCAGACUUAAUCUCAAUUUAUAAUCAGCUUUGGCUGUGGAUUGUAAAUUAUAAUAAACCAUGGUAAUUGUGACUUUAAAAAACGUUCUCCUUUCAAUCCAACCUAUGUUUAUUCACUUGCAUAAAAAUAAUUUUCAAAUUUGUAAUUUACUUUUUUAUUUUUUCAUGCAGCAGCUUUCUCAAACUCCUACCGAGUCAUUUACUAAAGUAAGAAUCGAAUGCAAAAUUUAUUUCAAAUCUAAGGCCAAAAUAGCUAAACUGAGAGCUCAAAGUCCACUAUACUUCUAGUUUGGCUGCUUCUGCCUUAAAUUUGAAAUUCACCUAAUUCCUGACGGCUCUAACUUUAGUGAAUAACCCUACUAGUGAUUCCACGGCUAUAGCCUCUAACAGCCAUACAAAGCACAGCUGCAUGAUGUUCUUUAGCUGGCAGAAAUCAACACAGCUCCCAUGCAGGUCAAACUGCAGUGAUGCAGGAUGUUUUGGCAUGCAUCCCUGCAGAGUAAGUUGCUGGAGAACUGUGCUGAUUAGUAUUAGUUAAAGAACAGCACAAUAUAUGACUGCUUCAUAACAUGUGACACCAGAAAUGAUGCUACCAACAGCUGACAAAGGUAAACGAGCAGGAAAGGCCUCAUAAAAUAUUAAAACGUGGAAAGAGAUGGCUAUGGAAAUUGGGACAGUAAUGAGUACACAGUGACAGGUUGAGAAAAAAGGGUGAAAGCAAUAUACGGAGAAAUGAGUAGGGGAUGAUGUUGCCAUUUGCCAACUUUUCCUUGCUGUUAAUACGCAUUUAAGGUGGCAGAUAUUAAGAAUUUCAAGUGCUAACCUCGCCAAUCCUUAUCUAUUAUAUAUGGGUCUUUUUUUAUCAAUGCAUAUAGUAUAUGUGUUCCCUUGCAAAGUGUGCCUUGGCUGUGUCAGCAUUGAAUUAUAUUGUGGCAUUGAUAGCCAAAUCAUUAAAGGGAUACUCUAAGCACCAAAACAACCUUGCCUUAAUGUAGUAAUUUUGGUGUAUAGGCCAUGCCCCUGCAGUCUCACAGCUCAAUCUUCUGCCAUUUAGGGGUAUACCUUGUUAUACAAGUUAUACUCUGGGAACAUUCCCUGAACAUAGAUUAGAGCAGGGGUGGGCAAUCUGUGGCCCUCCAGAUGUUUUGGACUACAUCUCCUUUGAUGCUUUGCUAGCAUUAUGGCCCUAGGAGCAUUGUGGGAGAUGUAGUCCAAAACAUCUGGCAGGCAGUAGAUUGCCCACCCCUGGAUUAGAGGGAUUCCCUGCUCUGGUGCGUUUUUUUUGUUUGUUUUUUGUUUUUUGUUUUUUUUUUAUGUUCAGGGAAAUUUACGUAGUCAAACGAUCCAGCUCUCUAACAUGGGGAAUUCCUUGAAUCCCAAUGCUAGAGAGCUGGUGAUAUGUGUGACACGUCGUAAAGCAAGUAGGUCAUUAAGUGAGGACCACCUGUACUGCCUAAUAACACCUCUAGUGGCAGUCACUCAGAUGGCCACUAGAGGUGCUUUCGGGAGCACUGACGUUCAACAUUUCCUUAAUUAUAUUAAACUUAAGUUUCAUUUGUGUGUUCGGGUGUGUCCUGCAUUUGGAGGUGUAAGCUAUGAGUCAAGCAAUCUAUUGUAUAACAGGUGUAUGGCUAGCGAUUCACACCUAAUAUAGGGCAGGUUGUCUUCAGGCUCCAUUAGGUAAUAUAAAUAUAUUGGUGUUCAGGUGUUGGGUGCUUUUCACAAUGACAUAACAGAUUCAUUGAAUAGUCAGUUGUUUAGAUCUGUGGUAUCUGCAGAAUUAAAAUUUGUAACCCGCCGUAUACAUACUCCAUUUAAUUUAUGAUUAUUGCAUUGAGGUUCAUGUGAUAUACUGAUCCACCAAAGCCUGACAGCUACUUACUGAUCCCUGGUUAGAGUAUUGAUUUAAAAACAACAGUGCAAGUUUAGUUAAACGCAUGGUGUGUAUGUGAGAUUAUAAGACUAAUUGGCCACAUGUGCUUUUUAAAUUGCUAAAAUGUGGAUUUGAGGACUGACAUUAGAAAUGUAUGUGAUGCCCUUUAUAUAUUAUACAUUUGUUUAUAUAUCCUGUGCAAAUACAUAUUAAUUGUUCUGAUCCAUACAUAUUUAUCCUGAUACAUGCUUUCUGGAUACUUGUGUUCAGUAUCAGACAAGUGUUUUGCUUUUGUGUUUUAUGUUUAUUUCAUUUUUGGAAAUUUUCAGUAAAGUUUAAAUUAUUAAAUGUGGCUCAUUCAAAAGUACCUCCUGACUAAUGAGUAGCCAGUCUACUUCAAUAUCUACUUUUAUGUUGGAAUUUCAAUUAAGUUCCAAUGCAGUAAAAGCGUAAUACAGAGUAAAAGAUGAGGUUGACUAAAGGUAGGAGCUUCCGCUGUCAAAUUUAGUCGGUUGUUGAAAAGAGGCAUAUUUUCACAAAUUGCAAGAUUAGAUAUCAGGAGGAUCACUUACAAGAUUGUCCAUAGACCUUUGUGCUUACUCUUGCACAGGAGUACAAUAGUGAUGUGAGCUCAGGAUGGAUGUGCGGAAGAAAGAUUAACCCAAGAGUGAGCCUUUAGAUUAUGUUAAAAGGAUGGUGGAUGUUGCAGUUCUUGAACAUAUGGGGAUUUACCAAUUACCCACUCCCGGUCUAUACUUCUUUAUGCAUACUGUUCUGAAAUGGACAUUCAAGUAAUUGCAGGGCUGCAUGCAGCUACUGAAUCUGAAUAAGCAAACAUUCUAUGUUUGCAUACAGUCAGUGUGGCACUGCCAUUUCCCCCACCUGCAAAAUUAGUAUUUCGUAAAGAUAGAAUCAUUCUGAAUCCUAUUGACUGUGUUGGAAUAUCACUGAUAUUCCAACCCAGAUGGUGACUCAUUCAAAAUUAGAUUUUGUCCCCAAGCAAGUACUAUACACAUUUAAAUUUCAGUGGUUAUAUACCCUGUGUUCCAGGCCACCAUCAAUCCAAAUGGAAACGUUUGGUCCUAUAUCCUCUUUUGUACUUGCCACCGAAAUAAUAUAUUUUCCAUUUUUCCAUUCCAAAGAUAUUUCACUCUUCUUACUUGUGACCCAAUUAUAGCGGACAUCUCAAUCCCUUCCCAUAUAUCUUAAGUUACGCCAAUCAUGUUUAGGCUUUAUUAGAAGGUUGUGCUUGUCCCAUUCUAAAUAUAAUAAAAAUGAGGCUUAAUUAUUAAUCUGUGGGUAAGUAUUAUGUUUCUUUUGGAUAUGGUACUGGAACACAAGGGUUUUCUUGAAGGCUAAUGGUUAUUAACAGAUCAAUUAAGUUUCAGGCUAUGUGGUCGAAGUCAGUUUACAUUGGAACUAGACAUACAGGCAGCUCAUGUGUGGGCUUUCAUACCUUGCAGAGUAGUUUUGUUGGGGUAGCAGCUUCAAAGAGGAAUUUAGCAUGUAAACCUUCUGACCUCCAAUACAAUUAAUUCAAAACUGUAACUUUUGGUCCUUUAAAGUGUUAACACGUUACAAGUGUAUAUAGUGUGUGUGUAGGAAGAAAAUGUGAUUUAUUGCAAGUAAUGGAUCCACAUGCAAUUCCCCUUAAAUUUUAUUUAUUUUUUUGUUUUGUUUAUCUUUCAUUUAGCAGCUUCUCUCCUUGAACGGGUAGCAGAACUAGAGAAAAACAAUGCAGAAUUUCUACGCACUAAACAGCAACUUGAGCAGGAAUUUAAUCAAAAGAGGGCAAAAUUCAAAGAGCUGUAUUUGGCAAAAGAAGGUAAGUAAAGUUUUUAAUUAGGCUAUGUCAUGUUUUAUAAAAAAAUUAUCUGAAUAGUUAUGAGCAAGCAGGGCCGGCGCGUCCUAUAGGCUAAGUAGGUGGCGGCCUUGGGCGCCUACUUGGUGUGGGUGGAGGGGGGGCACAGGCAGUGGCUUUACUGCUUGUCUGGCCGCCCCCCUAUCAAGUGGGAUUGAAUAUAUAUAUAUAUAUAUAUAUAUAUAGCAGGUCGCGUUACCAGGUGCUAGGGAGCACUUACUUGUAGAAUAGCGCUUUGUAGAACGUUGGUCCUGCAUUCACCACAGCCGGCUAAGUCAGGAUCCCUCUCCCAGUCAAACAGCGGAAGGGCGUGUAAUUUACUCGCUCCCACCCCUUGCCCUGUACGUGGGAACAAGGGGGCGGGAGAAAAACGGGAAAUGGGGCUUGGGGAAAAAGUGUUGGCCACCGGGCGCAUUAAAGAAGACUGGAUUGAAGAGCAAUGUGCAAUAAAGAUAAGAGAGAAUGCACAGUGUUUCAUAGAAUGUGUCAGUUUGUUUCAGUCAGUAUGUCUGUGUAUAUGUCUGCUCGGGUCUGUCUGUCUGUGUCUGUGAGUGAGUUUGUUUCCCAGUACAUUUGGCCGCCCACCUGUCCUGCUUACUGCAGUUGGCUGAACAAGAGAAAUCCAUUUAAAAAAAAAAUAUAUUAUACGAGGAUUAGUCUUCCAGUCAGGCCUUGUUGGCCUAGUGUCAGAUCCAGUGUUCAAUAGUGCAUAGAGCAGAUGGCUAACUUUGACACUAUAAAUUGUUUCUGGACUACAUUUUCCAUGAUUAGUGUAACGGACCACCUGGCCCCCAAACUGGGUACCUCCGUUCAUGGAUGCUCCUAGCGCUUCCUGAGGGCUCCAAGCACUCCAGCUGACACCAUAACCACCGUAGACUCCUUCAGAGAGCUAGACAGGAACAAGCUCUUACAAGAGCUUAGUAGUGAUAUAGCAAGAGAGUAUGACUAGCAUAGCAAUCCCUUGUAGCAUAUUCCCUUAAGAGACGGCACUCCAAAUUGAGGGUGAAGUAGCACUGAAGUUUUAAUGAAACAUUCUGCUUUUAUGCACAUUUUACACACAUAGUACCGCCCACCGGGUUUUGAAGAACAACAAUCCAACACGUACAAUAUAGUAAAACACUCCCAUUCAUUCCCACCAAAUCCUCCCCUCUGCCUGUGAUAUAAUUACUGAACACAAUGGGUUAAUGUAAUUAUCACAGGCAGGAAAAAUAUACUUUUUAUAUAUGUACUGUAAUUUUAAAACUAUACAUUCAAUCUUCAUAAAAAUUACAUAAUCAGCAUAUUUUAAAUAUAAACACUCUCAAAAAUCAUACAAAUCUCUCCAGUAGAUAAAAAGUUAGACGGAAGUUAUUUGUGACUGACCGCAAGCACAUUUUCCUGCCCAAAACAGUUCCAUAGAUUUGGGCUGUGCGGUCGGUCAAUUUCAUACUGAAAAAAUGACUAAGUCCCAUUCGAAUGAGCGUUCGAAUCGCCGAACUAGACUUAGUCUCUGUGGCUGAAAACUCAGUGGAGGAGAAGGUAAGGGUCAGCAGUGUUCGGCUAAAUGUGUAGCCGAUUUCAGUUCCAUUAAUUUGACUGCACACACCGCUGACCUUGUUCCCCUGAAUAAAGAUGGCCGCCGCCACAUGUUCGUUUGUACGAACGGCGGCCCCCCAGCAGUCGGUAAUUUACCUACAGCAGCCUCCCAGCCUGGGAGGUAAAUUAGACGCACACUUCCACUUCUGGGUGGUCCGCCUGUGUGGUACUUGGUUCAGUAAGCCCCAUUUACUGAACCAAGUGGGAGAAAGCCAUGCACAAAGGAUUUUAAAGGUCUGGGGACAUAGUCUUAAAGGGGCAUUGUCACACAAAGUCUCAAUAUGUCCCCAGACGGUUCUUAAAGGGCCAGCACGGUCCAAUACAAGUCCAUAAGCCCCAAUGCUGUUUUUAAAGUGUCCAAUCUCCCAGGGGCCAUUGUCACAGGGCAGGAGGCUGGCAAGCAGGCCCCUCCAAAAACUCAUGGCAAACUCCCUUAAAAGGGUGAGUUUGCUACACUUAGCUAGCGUUUAGAGUCUAAAUGCUAGCUGAGCAUCAUGGGAAAUGUAGUCCAGAAACAAUUUAUGGUGUCAAGGGAUGUAAUAUAGUAUCUGUUCAUAUUCAGUGCACACUACACACCAUCACCUGGUAGCUAAAACAUGCACACCUAUUCUUUCUCUCAACACUUUGAAUUUGCAAGGUGUGUACCCGGAAUCUUUUAGGAACACAUGGCUUAUAUAGCUUGUAUAUAUUUCACUUUUGAUCUACUUUUGUCAUUGAUCCAUUAUAUGACUGGUCCAAAAAAGUUAAAUUACAAAAUCAUUGCUAUCAAGCAAGGAAUGUUUGAGUCUUGUCAAAAAGCUACGAGAGAGGCCAUACCGUCAGCUAGUAGAAACAUACUGGAUACCGCACUCACCAAAUAACCCAGGUGCUCUGAAGCCAGGGCUGGCCAGGCCUCCCUUCCAAGAUAUGCAGAAUAAAUAACAGGUCAGGCACUCCUGGAAAACAGAAAUAGCAGCUUUAUUGGGGCAAAAGCAGAAUGGGUCUUUAUCAAGCUUGAUAAAGACCCGGUUGGGUUGAAACAUUGCUGUUUUUGCUCCAAUAAAACUUCUAUUUCUGUUAUUCGGAGUGCCUGAACCGUUAUUUAUCCUGCAUACCCUCACCUUGUAACAUAUAUGCAACAAUCACAUGCAUCUAUAUUACUAAAAAAAAUAUAAAUGCUACUGAUAUGGAAGGGUUUUCAAAUCUUUUGCUCCCUGUAAAGUGAAAACCCUGCAUUCUCCUCCUUUUCUUCCCCCCCUCUUCCAUCCUGGCUUUGAAAAAGGUUUUUCUUCACUUUAAGAUGACAAUAAUUAAAAUAGAGCUGACUCUGAUAAAUGUCUGUGGUAGCUUCCUCUAGCAGAUAACAACUUGCAAGUCAGAGAAAAUGAAGAUUGAAUUUCAUUUGGAACUGUCACAUCCUGUUUACCUAAUAAGAGAGCUUUCUGCAUUCACAGGGUUAACUUAUUUCCAGUCACAAUUUACUCAAAUUAAAGGUAAAAGCUGAAUGAUUUAGAACCGGAGUCUCAAACCUAAUGUAACUUGUGCACAGAUACAGGGAUAUGCCAUUCUAUUAUGUUCCUGUGCCCAUUACACACCGUAGCUGUGCUCCCUACCCCCCUCCCACCGACUCUGCUCAGGCACCCUACAUUAGUGGGAAAACAGCCGUGAACAGAGUUGCCAGACUGUUCAGUUACACACUGGACAUCUUCUAGUUGUCAGGUGUCUGGUUAAUUUUUAUAUUGCCUGUUUCUAUUGAAUUCUUGUGUCCUUCCACUUGUGUUUAAUUCUGUCUGCAUUGAAAGAUGUGUUGGUAAUGUGUAUUUUCAAGUACAAAGUGUACAUUUUACUUUUUUUUUCUUUUUCAAUUUUGAGCAGUAUAGAAUGUGUUUCAGAAAAGCAAUUUAACUUUUCAGACCACUAGAGCACUUUGGGUUGCUGAAGUGCUAUAUAUUGUGUUUUGUUUUUUUUUGUUUUUUUUUUGUUUUUUUCAUUUUACAAAAAGUACAGAUUUCAAUAUAGAAUGAUCCAUUUAUAAAGUAACCUGGUUACAUCCCCUGGCUUUCCGACAGCUGUUUCUGUUACUUCCUGGUUGUUUAGCUUAGUGAAGCAAAACUCAAGAAUUUGCAAUUCUUCAGAUCACCUACCUUGCAAAGACUUCUCAUCUCAUUGAACUGCAUUGGGAAGUCUGUGAUUAGACUGCUACAGAAAGUCUGGGGAUUUGCUUCUUUUGUGAUACGUUUGUUGUUUGGUUUUUUUAGAUAUAUUCCAAAUGAAAAACGCCUAAAUGUGAAUUUUUUGGUUUUUUUAAUUUAAAUUUUUUAAUGUCUUUUUUUUUAAAUUAUUAUUAAAGCAUUUUUUUUUUUUUUUUUCUUUUUUUACAUUUUUUUUAUUUGGGCAAUGGAGUGUCCCUUUAAUAUAAAUUUCUUGUGACCCUUUAACUAGCUCUGUGGCACAUUCAUGUUUUAAAGGGACACUGACAGUAAAGCCACAACAGCCAUUGUAGUUUUUAUAGGGCUGUAGCUCCAUGUCUAAACAAGAAAUUUCCCAAUAACCAGUACUCUUAACAAUGGUGCACCGCUCUUCAGCCACACUCAUAAUGCACAAGUAUAUUAAAAGUAGUUCUUAACCCCUUAAGGACACAACUUCUGUAAUAAAAGGGAAUCAUGAUGGAAUAUUUCCGUCAUGUAACCGUAAGGGUUUAAUUAUGAAGCCUCAUUAUGUCCUUUCUAAUUAUAAGCUGAAAGCAUGAGCUAACCUUCUCCCAGCCUACUUGCCACCCAGAAAGUGGAAGCGUGGUUUCCUGCAUUAUCCGUGUAGCAGAAAAGGAACAAGCUUCAGGUGCCCGGGAGAACUUGAGUUUUUGACAAACACCCAAACUCAUUUGACAUGGUAUAGUACCUAUAGACUUAAAGCACAAUGUUGAGCUGUUGUGGCUAUUGUGCUUGGAGUGCUCCAUCAAGCCCUCAUCUGUGGAAUUCUGUACUAGUUCUAAAGAAAGUUUUCUAAUAUUUGCGCAGAAGCAGAAACCAUAUCAGGAAGAUGACCAUGCCAUUGGGUCACUUCCUCUGGUGUUGAGUCGGGAUACCAUGCAGAUGCGUAAUGAAUUCAUGCCAGAACAGGGGCAUUUCAUAUGAAUUAAACAUUGCAUUCUGUUUUUAAACUUGGCAUACUGAAAUGUCACAUGAGGUAAGAGCCUAUGCAAAGUUACUUGUUCAUAUGUUAUCUAUUUAUGAAGUUAUAGGAGUGAAAAAUGUGUGGUCUCUAUUUUUAAAUGUAUCUCAUUAUUUCAGUGACCAAGGGAUCAAGAGUUAUAGUAGAUUCAGUAAAACUGAUAUCCCCAAUUACAGUAAUUUCCUUACCACAGACGCAGGGUGCAAGAGAAUGAGAACUACAACAGCUCAAGUAGCUUGCCUUUUGGUGGGUCCUCGCUCAAAUCUCAAGCUGGUUUUAACUCCUCUUGUGCUAUUUCAAAGUCAACCUAGGCCAUAUUCAUGCCAGACUGAUUCAAUCAAAAAGGAGGACCAGAUCCAAAAUGCAGGUUGUCUGUUUCUCCACGGGAGAUACAGCCAGCCCAGAUGAUAAUUUUGGCCUUGUUAGGCCUCAUUAUUGAGGUAUAGCUGAUACCCUUCUAAGCACAGUGAGUGUGAGGUCCAUGUAUGGAUUAAACUUUAAACUGGAGGAGAGAAAAAAACAAGAUACAAGACAAUACUGAGAAAGAAUCCUAGAUUUAUUACAUCACAGAUCAGAACUUUUCCCAGAAUUACAUGAACAUGCAAACAUUUGUAAAAAGUGCCUUACAGGGACACUAUUGUCACCAUAACCACCAGAAGCUGGUGUCUAUAGCCUGUAACUGCAGGCUGAGCACUGUAAACACUCUUUCCAGAGAAAAGGCAGUGUUUACAUUCCCUCAGACAGCCACUAGAGGUGCUUCUUAGUACAAUGCUGCAUGGAGACGCUGAAUGCUACCCAUAGGGAUGGAUUGAUUCAAUGCAUCUCAAUGAGGAGGUGCUGAUUGGUGCAGCUUUUUGCCGUGCAUGCACAAUAGCUUCCCAAUGCUUUCCUAUGGGAAAGCAUUGGAUUGGCUGAGAUCAUCAAGAUUGAAUAUCUCCGCCAUGGAGGUGGGGCCAGCCACUGCGAGACCAGAGCAGCGUGGUGAAAAUGGUAAGUUUAAACACCUUUUUACUGUGGCCGGAGUGGGGCUGGGAACUUAGUUUUACAAUAUAUUGGUGGACACUAUAAUGUGCCUUUAAGUUGCUUUGUGUGAUGCAUAAUAAGGAACAGUCUGAAGAGAACACUUGUUUUUAUGAAGACCGGUUUUAACAGUUGAUAGACCUACAGCUAUGAAAUUGUUAAAUGAUAGUAAACGUAGUUUGGGUGGAAUGCCAGUCAAGAAAAAUAUUUAAAAAAUCUAACCAGUGUGAAAAGACACUGCAGAAAGUAAAUGAAACUAUUCAGAGGACAGUUUAUUCUUAUGUGAGAAGUGAAGUAUCUCCAGUGUCAGUCAGUGCAUAGAGUGGGGUGACAAAACAGCUGAAAGAAAAGUUUACAUGACAUCAGAUGAAGCUAAUGGGUCCAUGUACUCUGUGUUACCUAAAACUUGGAUUUAGGUUCAAUUCAGCACGAGUUCGGAGUAACUAAAUUGCAAAAAAAUAUUAAUUUUACAUUCCCAUGUCCUGUACUACUUAAAGCAUCAUUAUAGGGUCAGGAACACAAACAUGUAUUCCUGACCCUAUAGUGUUAAAACCACCACCUGGGCCCCUCAUGCCUCCCUAAAAAUAGCAAAAUCUUACUGUAUUCAAGACUGAAGUUAUAACUCUCCAUGCUGUUUGACUCAGAAUAAAAAGCAGUCUGCUGACAUCAGAAGUGGUAGCCUGAUCCAAUCACAAUGCUUCCCCAUAGGGUUGGCUGAGACUGACAAAGAGGCAGAUCGGGGCAGAGACAGCAUGAUUCAAACACACCCCUGGCCAAUCAGCAUUUCCUCAUAGAGAUGAAUUGAAUCAAUGAAUCUCUAUGAGGAAAGUUCAGUGUCUGCAUGCAGAGGGAGGAGACACUGAAUGUUUGGAUGCAUUUUAGGCAGCCAUGACCCAGGAAGGAUCUCUACCAGCCAUCUGAGGAGUGGCCAGUGAAGUUAUCACUAGGCUGUAAUGUAAACACUGCAUUUUCUCUGAAAAGACCGUGUUUACAGCAAAAAGCCUGAAGGUAAUGAUUCUACACACCAGAACAAAUUCAAUAAGCUGUAGUUGUUCUGAUGACUAUAGUGUCCCUUUAAUGCCUUGCAACAUAUACUAGAAAAUGUACUAAUUUCUGCAUCACUUGCACAUAUUUGAACGCUAAUAAAGUCCUUAUAUCUCUUCAAUUGACUUCAAGGUGCAUUUGAGCAAUCUUCACUCUGCAAAGAUCACAACGGAAUUUAAAUUUGUGAUAUGACAUGUAAGACAGAACAGGUUUAAACUUGCUGGGAGUAAGGAAAAUCCUUUGAAAAUCCUAUGUUUCUGAAUAUAACAUGGCUCCUGAUCUCUCUGGGGAACAAAAAGCUCUUAAAGACCUUUCCAAACUAAAUCACUUCUCGAGGUGCCCUGUUUACCGAAAUAUUGAAUGUUAACCAGUGCUUUAAAAAAAAAAAAAAAAAAUUGCAAAUAUUGCACCUUUAUAACUUUGUAAAUAUAGAAGAUAUGGACCAGCAAAGUUGCAUAGACUUAUACACCAGGUGGCCCUUUCAGUAUGCCAAAUAAAAAAAUUUAAAAAAAUAAAUCAAAAAUGAGGUUGAGCGUUGUUGAUUUUGACAUGAAAUGGAACCGGCAUAGACAGCUUGCUCCCUUUUAAAAGGCUCUAGUCACCCAGACCACUUCAUCUCAUUGAAGUGAUUUGGGUGCAGUGUCCCUGUCCCCAUAUACAUACACUGUAAAACAUUGACUGUCACUAGAGACUAUUACACAGCACUGACUUAAAGGACCACUCUAGGCACCCAGACCACUUCAGCUUAAUGAAGUGGUCUGGGUGCCAGGUCCUUCUAGGGUUAACCCAUUUUUUUAUAAACAUAGCAGUUUCAGAGAAACUGCUAUGUUUAUGAAUGGGUUAAGCCUUCCCCCUAAUCCUCUAGUGGCUUUCUCAUUGACAGCCACUAGAGGCGCUUGCGUGCUUCUCACUGUGAUUUUCACAGUGAGAGCACGCCAGCGUCCAUAGGAAAGCAUUAUGAAUGCUUUCCUAUGCGACCGGCUGAAUGCGCGCAGCCAGUCGACAGGGCGGAACGGAGAAGGAGGAGAGCUCUCCGCCCAGCGCUGGAAAAAGGUAAGUUUUUACCCCUUUCCCCCUUCCAGAGCCGGGCGGGAGGGGGACCGUGAGGGUGGGGGCACCCUCAGGGCACUAUAGUGCCAGGAAAACGAGUAUGUUUUCCUGGCACUAUAGUGGUCCUUUAAUAAAACUGUCAUGUGACCUGGUAGCCCCACAGGGAAAGCAUUGAUACAAUGUGCAUUAGAUUCCCCUAACAAGAUGCAUUGGAUUGGAACAGAGAUGAGCAUCAUGGAGAUAGUUUCUCCAGGGAUUUGUCUUGGCUGAGAUUCUGUUUUGAUGAUCAUAAAAUAUUCUGCAUUACCGCUUCAAUUUUUUCUUUACCUGUAUCUGACUACUUUUCUUGCAGAGGAUCUUAAGCGGCAACAUGCUGCUGUACAGGCUGCUCAGGAAGAGAUUGCUCAGCUCAGUCUUCAGUUAACACAAGCUCAAGCAGACAUGGAGCAUAUCAGGGCUAUAGCCACUGUGUCUGAGAACACCAAACAGGAAGCCAUAGAUGAAGUGAAGAAGCAAUGGCAAGAAGAAGUUGUAUCUCUUCAAGCAAUCAUGAAAGGUGGUUAUUCUCCGUUGUUUUCUUUGAUUUUUUUAUUUAUUUAUAUAAACAUCAGUGGGUUUUCUGGUUUAGCAAUAGUUUUUAAAGUACAUUUCAGAGUCUUAUAGUCAACCCCAGAAAAUCCCAGACAUGGUCAGAAACAGAUGUGAGAUGUCAGCCUAUUGUAGUUUUAGUACUAUCGUUCUCCAGGUUCUGUGUCAGACAAUUUUCAUGCAGUUUAACACAGAGUAUCCCCAAGUGCCUUCAGCUUAAUAUAUCAGGCCCCAAACAGGUGGACACCAAAGCCUGCACCUGGAAUUGUGUUUCGAAAAAUGUAUUUAUUGAGCUAUGUGCAAAUGGGUAGGGGCAAGACAUCCUAAUCUAUUUUGUACAUACUGUUAGUACUUCAUCAGAGGCCAAUACAUACCCCCUUGGUUGCCUUUCCGUCUGCCCCCUUGCUUACUAUUUGCUAUACUUCUACAUUAGCAAUUUCUUCCAAAUGAGAAAAUUUGAACUGCAUUGAUUAGCACAAUGUGUCAGCUGCUGCCAUUUGCCAAGAUACAAUAUAUUAAAAUUAUUAAUUUGUUAAAUAGUGUUUUCAGGACAGAAGCCCCAUUAUCUUAGCUGCCUAUUAAAAAAAAUAUGUAUCUCAGUUCAUUUGCAUGUAUUAUAUUUAAGUAGGCUAAUAUUCAUAGUUCUUGAAUACCCCCUGCUUUUGGUAUGGCCUGAAUGUGCUCACUUUCCUCUUUCUCCCCCAAUGAAUUUCCAGAGACAGUGCGUGAGUAUGAGCUGCAGUUCCAUCACAGACUGGAGCAAGAACGUGCUCAGUGGGGUCAGUACCGGGAAUCGGUAGAAAGAGAGAUUACAGAGCUCAGGAGGCGGCUAUCUGAAGGACAACAAGAGGAAAAUCUAGAAAACGACAUGAAGAAGGUAUGCUAAAUCAGUUCUCUGGAUGUGAUGUAUGUUUCCUUCAAUAUAGUAUUAUGUCGCUAUAUUUUUAUGCAAUAUUAAGAUCUGUAAAACAACCAAUUCAGUAUUUGCCAGCAAUUCUUCUCAUCCGGCAUUAAAAACUGAGUAAUUCUUUAGCCAUAGGUUCCUAGUGUUUCUCCAUGAUCAUCAGUAUUAAGUAUCUCACAAUAGGCGCAGCAGCUGAAAACUAUUCUAAAAUUGAAUUUAAUUGUUUUUCAUUUAUUUGUUUGAAAGGGGUGGAGAGGAAGGAUAGUGGUUACCAUUUUUUUUUUUUUUUUACAGCGUAGUAAAAUUAAAAAAAAGUGUGCUUGUUUAAACUAGGUGAUUCAGAAGUAAUGUCAAAGUAUAGUUAUGGUUUAUUUUUGUUUUUCUUUUCAGGACUGUGACAUUCUGAACUGUUUUACUAACAAGGCAAUUGCUCAACAUGGAGCAGUUAAAAUGCGAAAACUGCCUGUCACUUAUACAUCCUUACCAUUAUAAGUAUUUUUGUUUCAGGCUCAAGAGGAUGCGGAAAAGCUGCGUUCAGUUGUAAUGCCCAUGGAAAAAGAGAUUGGAAUAUUAAAAGAGAAACUGACAGGAGCAGAGGAUAAAAUAAAGGAACUGGAGGCAUCUAAGGUUGGAUAUUAAAAUUAUAUUCUGAUUCUUGCAAAUAUCAGAUGAUUUGCAGUUACUCAUUGUAUUUCAAUUGUAUGUUCCAUAGUGUCCUUUCAAUGGGUAGUUUUAACAUAGAACAAGGAACUUAGAUGCUAUUUUGCAGAUCACUGGUGAGAUGAUGUCAUAUAUUUAUUUCUGGAAGUCAUUUUGGUAUAUGCUGGUUAAUACAUGUGAAAGGAAACAUCUUGCAGUGGGGAUGGGCUACUGGGCAUAUUUGUUUAGCAUUAAAGGGACACUGUAGGCACCCAGACCACUUCAGCUCAUUGAAGUAGUCUGGAUGCUGUGACCCUUUUGCACUUGGUGCUGCAAUGUAAAACAUUACAGUUCCAGAGAACUACAAUGUUUACAUUGCAGCACUAUGUCUGCCCUCUGUGGCUGUCUAACAGACAGUCACUAGAGGGCUUCCAAAAUCGUAACAGACUUUUGGUGCGUUAUCUGACGCUGAUUGAAUAAUGCUUUCCUAUGGGGAGGUCUAAAGCACGAGUGUGGGCGGAGCCUCACCCAGCGCCAAGGGACAUCGGUGCUGGAUUCAGCUAAGUGGCUGAAGGGGUUUUAACCCCUUCAGCCCCACGGGAGAAAGGCACCCCACAAUCCAAUAGUGCAAGGAAAGCGGGUUUGUUUUCCUGGCACUAUAGGAUCCCUUUAAAACAUUAAAAAUGCCAUAAUCACUUUAAUAAGAUGAAGAUGUUACAGUGCCCCUUUAACUUCAAUGCUUCUUGCAACUUUUAUUUUUUUUUUAAAUUUUUUUACUUCUUGUAUACUCACUUCUCUUGUCUUUUUUUUGACAGUCGAAAGAGAUGAAUCAUUAUCUCGAAGCUGAGAAGUCUUGUCGAACUGACCUGGAAAUGUAUGUUGCUGUUCUCAAUACACAAAAAUCUGUGCUCCAAGAGGAUGCUGAAAAGCUGAGAAAAGAGCUCCAUGAAGGUAGUGAUUACUGCUAUGCUUCCUUACAAAUACCAGAUUGUGUUACUUGAUUUAGAGCCUGUUUUGAGUCAGGCAAUCUACAACUGUCCCUUAGUGCCUGUAUACCACUUAAAAUGAACUAUCACUUUUAUGUAAAUUACACAAUUGAACAGAAAAUUUAAAAUAAUGUAACUUGUUAAAAUUUUUUAAAAUCUUUUUUGCGUCUUUUUGUUUUAAAUAUAUAUUAAAGGGAUACUCCAAGACGUGUAGUGGUUAUGAUGCCAAGAGUGCCUUGAAUCCAUUUCUUGGUAAUGGGGCAAACUAUAUUGCAGUGGUUUGCUUUCUUAUUGGGGUCCUGCUAGGCACCGGGUCUUCUCUACAGGCAGGCUAACUGCGUGCAACUUUGUAGAAGUCACAGAGUUGACAUCAGCAAGCUUGGAACUCUUGUUCUUUUGGGCUAAUGACGCACCAGUAAUGCUGCUGGAGGUAGAGGUACAUUUCCGGCAGUAAACUAUGUAUGUGCAACACUUCAUAAUGAAACCCUGCACAGACAAACUCCAGGUACCAUGACUACCUAACACCACUGAAGUGGUUAUGGUAUUUAUAGUUAACCCUUUAAAGAUAUAGCAGUUGAUAUCACUGUCCAAGCCAGCGAGAGACAUUGGAGGGGAAGAAACAGAAUCAUUGUUUCAUUAUAUCUCUCUAUGCUUUUUCUAUACUAAUUGCCUGAUGCAAAAGGCACAGCAUAUAUGGAGGAGUGAAACGGUACCAAGAUGGAGGCACGCAUUAGAUGGAGUGAGCAAUUUGGAGUUUUACACUCCAAAAUGUAUUGGCACAAUAAAUGUGCAAAAAUGCUCUCUGCCUAAAAAGGCAGUAUAGCCCCACCACUUAGCCCUUGAAACUUAAAAGCUUUUAGGAGAUCCGAUGGUCUGAGCUUGCAGGAGUGUAAGAGCUGAGCCAUAUAAACAAAUAUAGUUACAUUGUUAUUAUCUGGUACAAAUAAACUGUUUUGUGACCCAGCUAACAUGUUGUAUAGUAGUAUCUGACAUAUCAAAUGAAUUGCACCAAAUCCCGAUAAAAUCAACAAAUGCCCAUCAAUAAUUAAUUGAUAAAAAAAAACUCCAUAUUUCCAUAAAAUAUAAUUAAAUUAGAAAAUAAGUUUGUGAUUUAUUUUUUUUGCUUUUUGUUUGUUUUUUCCCUUCCUUUUCAUAAAAUGUUCCUGAUAGCUCUAAUCUAUUCAUGUACAUUGAAAAAAAAAAUUAUGAAAUAUUGACACAUAUUAAUCUCAUAAUUUAAAUAAAACAUUUUUAAAAAUCAGUAAUAAGAUAAUGAAUAUCAAAUAAAAAAAAAGCUAUUUAAAGAUUUCUAAGGAUCACUAAACAUAAAAUAAAAAAAUAAACAAUUAUAUGAACAAUUAAAACCUACAAGUAUCUACAAGUAGAUAUAAAUAUCCAGUUCAGUGUAAAUAUAUUAUUCUACAAAAGCUAAAAAAUAUAUGAUAUGGGCACCGGUUUCACCCUAAGUUAUAUAAUCAUUUUUGUCACAGAAUGGGAAUCUAAAUAAGUAAGGCUUUUUGACACUGUUGCACAUAGGACUCAUUCUCUUUAAUAUUUUUAUUAGUGAUAUUGCAGAAGGCCUUGAUGGUAAGGUAUGUCUUUUUGCUGAUGAUACAAAGAUAUGUAAUUUAGGUAAACUAGAAAAAUGGUCAGAGCUGUGGCAACUGACAUUUAAUGUGGAUAAGUGCAAGAUAAUGAAUCUUGGACGUAUAAACCCAAGGGCAGAGUAUAGAAUAUUUGAUACAGUACUAACCUCAACAUGUGAGCUUGUUUGAGCAGGGCCCUCGUCUACCUAUUGUUCCUGUGUCAUGAUGUAAUUGUAUAAAUUAUUGUACAUUUUACCCUCCCCCCCCACCCCACCUUUAUAAUAUUGUAUAGCACUGCGUAAUUAGUUGGUGCUCUAAAUACCAAUAAUAAUAAUCUGAGGAAAGGGAUUAUGGGGUGAUUAUUUCAGACGACUUAAAGGUAGGCAGACAAUGUAACAGAGCAGCAGGACAUGCUAGCAGAAUGCUUGGUUUUAUAGGAAGAGGUAUUAGCAGUAGAAAGAGGGAAGUGCUCAUGCCAUUGUACAGAACACUGGUGAGAGCUCACUUGGCGUAUUGUACGCAGUACUGGAGACCGUAUCUCCAGAAGGAUAUUGAUACUUAAUCAGAGAAGGGCUACUGAACUGGUUCAUGAAUUACAGGAUAAAACUUACCAGGAAAGGUUAAAGGAUCUUAACGUGUAUAGCUUGGAGGAAAGACGAGACAGGGGGGAUAUGAUAGAAACAUUUAAAUACAUAAAGGGAAUCAACACAGUAAAGGAGGUGACUAUAUUUAAAAGAAGAAAAACUACCACAACAAGAGGACAUAGUCUUAAAUUAGAGGGACAAAGGUUUAAAAAUAUCAGGAAGUAUUACUUUACUGAGAGGGUAGUGAAUGCAUGGAAUAAUCUGCCAGCUGAAGUGGUGGAGGUUAACACAGUAAAGGAGUUUACGCAUGCGUGGGAUAGGCAUAAGUCCAGGGACUAGUGACAGUAUUUAGAAAAUUGGGCAGACUAAAUGGGCUGAAUGGUUUUUAUCUGCCGUCAUAUUCUAUGUUUCUAAGAAUUUUUGGUCUAAUUGCCCAUUUGGCGAGAUCUGUAAUGAUUUUUUUUUAUUUUUUUUUUAUGUAUUUCUUUAUUUUUAUGUAGUCUGCCACUUGCUAGAGCAAGAGAGGCAGCAGCACAAUCAACUGAAACAUACAUGGCAAAAAGCAAAUGAUCAGUUUCUUGAGUCCCAGAGAUUGAUGAUGCAAGAUAUGAAGCGCAUGGAAGUAGUCUUGACCUCCGAACAACUUCGACAAGUAGAAGAAAGGAAGAAGAAAGACCAGGUUCGUAGACACAUUGAUUAUUAUUGUGAGAAAAUUGACCAGCUCUAAUAUUUACCAAACGGCAUAAUACACCACAAACAUUACACUUGGAAACUUUUGCUAAAAGUAUUUUUAAUAUACUUUGAAACAAUACUUUUAUUUACUGUUAAAUUACUCAUUUUUGUUUUUCAUUGACGACCAGAUGUGAGGUGUGGGCAUAGAAGGAAAUAUGAUUUACAUCUUUACUAAAUAUAUUAAGCCCCUAUUUUACAGUUGCACCAUGUACUAUUAUUGUGCCCAAUGUUGAGCAGCCUAGACCCAAGUCAUUUACAAUUAUCCACUCUCUAUAUCCAAAAACAGUGCCUCCAAGUAAUCUCCGUUGUUUCACAGCCUCCCAAUGACGACUCUCUCAAUUAGUUUGUCAGGCAGAGUAGAAGAAUUGAGAAUUACUUUCAAAAGAAUGGUUUCUUAAAAUGCUAGUGUUUACUUAAAAAUAACUAUUAUUCUUCCUGUGAAGAAAAAUACAUGUUUAAUAUGUGCUUAUGUUAUAAUUAUUUACUGUGGUUCAGAUAUACAGAGUAAAGAACAUUGUAUGUACAGUCAAAAUCACAAGUGAAUACAGAUACCCAUCAGACAUUUCAGUGGAAGAGGAACUUGCAAUGUGGGAGGUGGACAUUAACCUUGCAAUUUAAUAUACUUUUCUAUAUCUUCAACUCAUUUUAGCAAGAAGAUGAGCAAAGAAUGAGAAGACGAAAAGAAAGAAAACAAAAAAGGGAGGACGAAGAGGCAAAAGCAUUUGAAGUGGCUUCCCAAGAUGAAUCCCUUCCAAAUCUUUUAAACCAAGAGGUUAGUUUUUUGUUACCUUUUUAUUUAUUUAAAUUUGACAAUUUUUAUUGCAUGUACAUGAGGAAGCAAUAUCCUACAUAGGAGGUUCCAGGCACAUUGUAUAGUAGAUGCAGUUAUAGCGAAUUUCAGGAGAGCAAUACAUGCACAACAGUGUCUACAUUGUUCUUUGCCAUAAUCAGAAACCAGUUAGUCAGAUACCUGCUCCAUCAUCUCAUCUCAAAUACUUGCACAUUUUUUUUUACCAUAUAGGAGUAGUGGAGAGUACAAUCUAGGAAGUAAAAACAAUAGGAGAGAUAAGGGAAAUGGGGAGGAGAAAGGGGUGGUAACACUGGACAUAUAAAUAACACUGGACAUAUAAAGGGUGUUGGUCUGGCCCCAGCACUUUUUGUUCUAAAAAAAAAAAGUGUAAUUUUCAUGUUUUCAUAUGUCCAGGUUUAUUUGUUUUAUCAGUGUUGGUUUGUCUGGUGGGUGCGUGUGUUUCCAUGUUUCCGCAGUCUGGAAAUCACCAGGAGUGCAGAAAUUAGACUACCCAAAUGCAACCAGGCGUUACUAUACCACAUACUAUCAGGGGAUGUGAACAAGAGGCACAACUCAGGAGUCAGAAUUAGCUGGAGCAGUAUAGUUGAAUUUAUUAUCAGGGAGACCGCCUCCCAGAAGUGCCCUCUUCUGCAGCACAAACCAGACGUGAUUGGCCAUAUACAGUGAAGCCGAGCCAGCACCAUAUACCAUUUAAAUAGGAUUUUGUACCUUUAUGUAUCGACAAAGCCUUGUCUGAUUUAUUUUUCCCCAAGUCAUAACCCAGGUCCCUCGUCUACGAAUCCAAUACAGGGCUCAGUGGGGAUUCCUGUUUUUUCAUUAAUAAUGAAUAGCUGAGGGAGAUCAUCUUUCUCAGGGGUUUGAGUUUCAAGCAAGUUUGCUCAAAUGAUGACCGUUUGUCUUGGAUCACUUGGGUCCCCUGUGUUAUCCCAACCUUUGUCAUAUAAGAUUUCAGCUGUAGAUAGGAAAAUAGUGCCCUGCUAGGCAGAUCAAAUUGGGUACGUAUGUCAUCGAAAGAUAGUAGUUCAGUACCUUUAUAGAUGUGCAAAUUGGUGAGUCCAUGUUCCUCCCAUGUCUUAUGUUGAAACAUGGGAAUUAGGUGGGCCAUAAUUUUCAUUGGUGUUGCCAGAGAUAUGGGGUGGCAUAUAAUUAAUUUGCUCUAAUGUACAGGGCUUGGCGAUCAGCUAACACUCACAGCCAAUAACCUGGUCCGGCAGGGCUUAUCUCAGAUCAGAGCUGGAGCUUCUGGUUCUCCGUGAAGGUGGGCUGUGCUUGGCAUACCCCAGGUAAAUUGUCAGACAGUUGUGGGUUAGAGCUCCAGGGACCUCCUACACUAGAACCACUACAGACUUGGAGAAUUCUUCAAAUUUGGCACUUUUGGACUAACAUUUGAAAUUCACAUUGAAUUACAUUAACAUUAUAGGUACCCAGACCACUUCAUCUCAAUGAAAAGUUCUGGGUGCCAUGCUCCAGUUUUUUUUUGUUUUUUUUAAUACUUUAUUUUUGGAGUGCAAUAUCAGUACACAGGAUAACAAUGACACGUUACUGUUUGGAUUAGAGUAUAGGAAUAUGAAUGUAACACAUGUCAGGAUAAUUUGCACACUUUUUUAAAGUUUUAAACAAGAAAUAGAGGUCAGGCUAGAGAUGCAUGAGUUGACAUGUAUAAAGUUGACAAGCUUAAUAUGCUUGAAUAAACAAAUCCAGUAUGGAUAACAUGAGUAGUAAGAUAUGCAUUCAAGAGAUAGUCAAAAAGUUAAAUAUUUAAACCUCUGGGUGCAGAUCAUUCACAAUCCUAUCGCACCGCAUGGAAUAUGAGUGAAUUAAAUGCAACAAAAAUAAUAAUCAUUUCUGGGGUAUGGGCAAAAAGGCUGUGUUCGAUCUUCUCCUGCUGUUUUACUCCACCACUGAAAACAUUGUCAUUCUGCAGGGUUGUUUUAGUUGUUAGCUUUCUACAAGUUUUUGUAGAAAGUGCAUUGAUGACCUUGAUUGUGGGAGAGGGUAUUUUUAUUUAUUUAUUUAUUUAUUUUAAAUCUGUAGAUACAUUUUAUAUAGGGAGAAAUAUCUGUCUCUGUCUAUAAAUCUGUCCAUGACUGCAGUGCCUGACUUUUGUUUGACGUGGUUGCCAUGACUUGAAUAUCUAGUUUCAAAAAGUGCACCAGUGUUGUAAUGCUUGCGUUCGGUGUUGGCAUGGCUGCCUCGCAAUGCCCUAGGCAACAAUGACACUCGGUCAUAGUGAUAUAAUUUUAGAUUAUAUCCAUGGCUAAAAGUUUUCUGCUUCUAGUCAGGCAUAAAUGUUACUUUCCACUGCAAUCCUGGAGGGCACACUAACUUAGGAUAAACUUCUACUCUCCGGGGCUGAAUUUUUUUCUUGACCGUCUUUGAGUAGAAAUUGAAAGCCCUGCAUUAAAGAAAAAAGGCAUAGCUGGUAAAUAGGGACAACCAGUUACCCUUGCAACUACCAAAUACGAACGAAUCUUAAACCCCUGCCACCCAUUUAUUUAUAGACUUGCAUAUGGUGCGUUUGCACAUGAAUGACACUGUUGCUAAUUUUAUAUUUUAGGAACUGACGAAUAGUACAUAUGGCUCAAUUCGUUCCUUGGAUGUGGACAUGGUGCUGAACGAAGGGGACUCUUUUAAACAGGAAGAUUUGUUUAAAGAUGGACUUCGACGGGCGCAGUCAACAGACAGCCUUGGGACCUCUGGUCCAUUACAGACAAAAACACUGGGAUUUAAUACUAAAGCAAAAUCAGCUGGAAACCUUGAUGAAUCUGAUUUUGGGCCUCUGGUUGGAGCAGAUUCUACUUCAGAGAACUUUGACACUUCUUCUAUUGGGUCAUUACAAAUGCCAAGUGGAUUCAUGUUGACCAAAGAUCAAGAGAAAGCAAUAAAAGCCAUGACUCCUGAGCAAGAGGAGACAGCCUCUCUUCUCUCAAGUGUUACUCAGGUGGAAUGUGCAUAUGUUCCACCCUCUGGCUAUCGCAUAGUGAGCGAAUCUGAGUGGGAUUUAUUACAGAAGGAGGUGAAUUGCACAUUGCCUCACUAAGCCUAUUUAUCAGUCACCUGCAUGCUAUUGCAACUACUGUCCCAAAAUACUCUUUAUACAUAGCCAUCUUUUAAAUUUUUCUCAUACAUCCUAUAUGCAAUGCAGUACAGAAAGUUAAGCUUAUUUGUCAUAAAGAAUUAUCUCAGUCUGUGCAGUUUUAGUCCUACUUUGUUCUUAUUUCUUUUUUGGCUUCACUUUUUAUGAGUAACGUCAGUAGGGAUAUAUGCAAAUCUUAUGAGAUUUAUGGAGGUAUCAGUGCAGUUAUUUUUUUUAGUAAAAAUUGUUUUAUGUUAACUGAGAAUGCUAAUAAAAUGUUCCCAGUCAACCUGGCCUAAUUAAAGGUAAGGCAGCAAUGUACUGUUUAUCACAAUUCAUCGGUAUCUCUCAUCUGGGGCAUUUUUCAGGUGCAAACGGCUGGGAAUAAGCUGGGCAGACGCUGUGACAUGUGUUCCAACUAUGAGAAGCAGCUGCAAGGAAUCCAGACCCAGGAGGCAGAAACCAGAGAUCAAGUGAGGGCUUUAACCUUAAAACUCUCUGCUGUAACUCAGAGGUAGUGUAAUACUAUGGCAUCUGUGCAAUUAGAGAUUUCCAACUCCACUCUGUCUCAUAGAUUUACUGCUCUAUUUAAAAUAUCAUGCUUUGCAUGGCACUGGAUAAUCUCACAAGGGAAAGACCUGAUUUAUGUUUGUAACUAUGAUAGGACUAUUCGUAAUGGCCUAGGUUUUACUACAUAUGGAUUUGUAGGCCCAUGUUCCCUUUUUAGAGACCAAUGACAUUUCAUGCUGCUAUCACACCUUGGUUUCUAAACACCGUAAGACAGCGUGGAAUGUUAAUAUAUCAAUUAUAUAUUUGUGUUGUGAUUUCAGUGUUAAGUGGAAUAUUCAAUGUUUGGUAUGGAUUUCAGGUUAAAAAGCUGCAAGUAAUGCUCAGGCAAGCAAAUGACCAGUUGGAGAAGACUUUAAAGGAUAAACAGGAGCUAGAGGAAUACAUGAAACAGAGUACAGAUGAUACCAGCGCUCAGGUGGGCCAUCAUUCAUUUCUUGUAAGGAUAAAUGAAAAUUGCAAAAAUCUGUUUUAGGAGCUGUCAUUCUGUGGCAAUUUUGUAGAGAUGUGUUAUAAUGUUGUAUCUGUCCUGACAGAUCUCUACCCUGGUGCUCCGAGCUCAGGAGUCUGAAACACAGCUUAGUGAAUUACAGCAAGCCUUUUCUGCAGCAAAAAGAAGUGUUCAGGAGCAAAUGGUAAUAUCACUGUUACAGAAUUUCAAUAUCUCAAAGGAAUAGUUUGUUUCACUUUCUCACACAUUGUUGAAGCAAGUUUAAACCACAUGGUGUUUAUAAGACCUUUGCAAAAAUUCUUUUAAAUCCAUACCUGGAUGAGUCAAUCCUCCGGGUGUACCUGUGGAGUAUUAGAAGUUAAAUAAGACUUCACAGGGAAAUCCCAGACAUCUAUUUGUUUGGGUGUGGAUUAAAAGGAAUUUGAUUUGGAGUAACCAGCCAAAACUAAGUGUUGCUCAAGUCAAGUAUUUAUGAUCAAAAAUAACCACAAAUCUGUUGUCCUACUCAGUUGUUUACUAAAGAAGUGAAGCAUUGGAACUUUUUAAAUUUAUUUAAUUUAUUUUUUUUAAAGAAACUUAAUAGAUGUUUGCGUAACCCAGGAUUAGUCAUUGUCACUUGGAAAGUACAGAGUACAUUUUUCUAUCUGUUUAUGCAUGUAGUACUUCUAAUUGGUUUUCUGGAAUAUAGGAGAAAUUCUAUAAAAAAAAUAAAAAUAAAAGUUCAAACAUACGUGCAAUUUAUUGGUAAAAGUGACAAGCCAAUUUCAUUUUUUUCAUGAAGCUGCAUGUUUUGUCUUGUGUUAAUUGCAGGACUGACAUCAGCAGCUGGUGGGGCUGGCUUAAAUCACGGCAAGUGAUAAAAUGCCAGUGGGGCUUUCUUUUUUUUCCUGCUGAAAUGUUAGAUCUGCCUUUAUGUAUAUGUUAGAGUAGAGAUUGUAGUUGUAUUCGUCCAGUUAUGCAGCUGUAAAACAGGUUAAUAGUAUCUUGUAAUUACUUUUUGUUAUUGGACUAACAGUAUUUUGGAAAGACAAGUUUGCAGAUAAACCUACCUUUCUCCAGUCUAAAGCAUUUUAGAGCAAAAACAACACAUAGAAUUCAAAGCUGAGUUGUGAUACUGGGAUUAAAGAAACAGGAGUGCAUAUAAUACACAUGUCUGAUAGAAAAUAGACACCAUUCUCACGGAGGGUCAUAAAGCAUUUUAAAGCGGGCUGUGUACAAACCAAUAAUCGCUGUAGUCUUUAUUACUAGUUCAGCUGUGGCUUGAGGAUAAAUGGUAGCAGGCACAGCUUAUAGGAUUAGUCUGGCAUUGGCCAAUUAUCCCAUAAAGCCUGUUACCCCUAUACAUUAGUGUAAAAUGUAUGGCAUGUUUUGACUUUAACAUUAAAUUAUGGUUUAAUUUUGAUUAUCACAGGCUGUAUUAAUGCAGUCAAGAGAACAAGUCUCUGAAGAGCUGACAAGAUUGCAAAACGAUAAUGAGAGCCUUCAAGGAAAGCAUGGCCUUCAUGUGUCUCUUCAACAAACUGAGAAUUUCAUCCUUCCAGAUACCAUUGAAGUGAGUUUUGUUUAUUAUCACUGUAGAACAUUGUUGUAGUAUUAUUUAUUUAUUUUAUUUUAUUUUUAUGGUCCCUAUUCAAAUUGGAUUAUGAAUUUUUAAUGCUGGCGUAAAAGUUUACAAUUUUUAAUUGUUUGGUAUCAUCACAAAAUAAUUAAAGCUAAUUGUCCAUAAUAUUUCUAAAAAAAAAAUAUACCAAUUUUGGGAUGUAACAAUAUGAGCAAGCUUUUGUUUUUUCUUCACUUGGUAAUUGCCUGUUUAUACUGAUCAUCAACAUACCCACAAAAAAAAUCCCAAAGAAUAUGCAAACAAAAAUGCAAAAGAGAUGGAGCACUAUAUACAAAUACUUAGCUCUCAUGGACUACAUUAAUAAGCUUAUGGCAGACAAAAGAGAAUACAUGUAAAAUAAAGGUGAUAAAGUCUGAACACAAAAUGAAGCCAGCAAUGUGCGUCUCACUCACAAAAUUAGAGCCAAUGAAGUCACUUGGUGUAUUUGUGCUGCGCAGUAGGAUAAUUAUAUGGAAAUCCUAAUCCCUCUUCAAGAUGAUAUUCCACAGCUGUAUGGACAGGAGAGAUCUCAUAGCCUAAUACUGUAUGAUGAAUAAUUAUAACACAUACAUGUAAGCAUUCACAUGGUACCAGUUGGUAUUGUGCCUAUUUCAGCAGAGUAAGGAAAGGGUCUUCUUCUAUCCAAAGAGUGCUGCAAUUUAAAUCCAAACUGGUAAAAUCUAACAAAAUCACUUUAAAUAAAAGCAAUAGUGCAAUAAAAAUAAAAGCAAGAGUUAUACUAAUAAAAAUGUCCUCGGCCUCUGCGACAAUGCAUUUCACCUCCUGUAGAGGCUUUUUCAUUGGUCAUCAUUUUUAUGAGCAACUAAAAUUGUGUGAUGAUAUGAAAUUAUUUAUUUUGCUAAAUCUUAUUUUAAUGGUCUCUAGAAAUUUUGAACCGGAUUCAGUUUACCAAGACAUAUAUCAGGCAUUAGCCACCUCAGUGAUUUCUCUUUUCAACACAGGAAUUGCAUGAGCUGGUUCUAAAGUAUCGCGAGGACAUUGUCAGAGUCCGCACAGCGGCAGACCACCUUGAAGAGAAGCUGAAGGCAGAAAUUCUUUUCUUGAAAGAUCAGAUCCAAGCCGAGCAAUGCCAAAAGGAAAAUAUUGAAGAAACGCUACAAAUUGAAAUUGAUAAUUGCAAAGAGGAGAUUGGUAAGCAUCCAGAUUAUCAUCAUUUACUUUACUUUGGUAGUUUAAUGAAUUUUAUUAAAGGAUUAUUCCAAGCAACAUUAUCACAUGAGUAAUUGGAAGUGGUCAUGGUACCUGGAGUCUGUGUCUGCAAAAUCAUUGACUUAGAGCAGUCAGCUCAUGUUCUCAGAUGAUGAAUGGCAGUUCUGCAGAAGCCAGAAGUGCGUCACAAGACUACCUGAGAGCAUCGGAGCCCGGCGAGGACUUGGGCACGGAGUGCAAAUCAUUGAUAAAAAGUUUACCCCAUUACUGGGCUAGUGUACUCUUCACAUCAUAACCACUACUGCCCACUGCAGUGGUUAUGAUGUUUGGCAUAACCAUUUAAUGAGCUCUAGUAAGCGAUUCAUUUUGUUAAGUUACCAUAGGAUGAGAGUGGAUUAUGGGAGUUGUCACGUGGCAUUUUGAGGGUGGUGCACUUCAGCACACCAUUUCUAAAAUAUUUGACAUACAAUGAUUUAUAUUGUCCCAUUUUUUGAUAAUGAGGCAAUUAAGGCUUUUGUUCUAAAAACUAACAAACCUUUGUUCCUAUAAUGAUUUUCAUUAUAGUAAACAUAUGUUCAUGUCUGAAUUUAAUUUCAGUGGUGUUAUCUGACAGUUUUUGCAUUGUUUCCUAAAUGAAAUCACAUCGUCUCAAGGCAUUUUAGUUAAGGCAGAGUAGCUAGAUGACAAUUACAUAAAAAUAGUAAUAGAUCAUGCAGUAUCAUUGUAAUUCUAUAGUGGUAUUUUUCAUUCAAAAUUCUACAGUUUUCUAGAUAUUAAUAACUGCUAACUAGCUCUUCCAAUAUUCAAAAUACUUUACUUUUCUAUUCUCAGCAGGGAAAUAUUUUUCAUGAGAGCUCUUUAUUUUAAACCCUUCCAUUCUUUUUGUGGUUCUGUUUUCUUAUCUUCUUUUCUUUCCUUCUUUUUCUCACUGAUCAAUUUACAGACAUCUUAGAAGGUAGGAGCAGUUUAUGUGCUGGCAUGUGUGUCCGUUAAACCCACUAAGUAACUCGCAAUUUGCUAGAGAUUGUGUGUCACUGUGUCCUAAUAGAAAACAGUAGCAAAACUAACUUGACUUCCAAGGUGGCAAAGGUGAAUAAUACCAAAAGGGCUAUCUAUAUGUAGGAGGAAAGUACUACAUUUGAAGCAGUCAUUUUGGGAACCAUAGAAUUGAGUUCCGUACUCUGUUUUUAGGUGUUUGCUCUGGAAUCCAUUUUUAUGUAGAAAUAUGCUUAACAAUCCAACAGUCUUAUAUUAAUAUUAGAAACAAAGGGAUAGGGUGCUCACUAUAGUAGCAAAUACAAUAAUAGUAUAGGGCAGCAGUAACCAACACAAGGAUUCCCAACCUCGUGACAAGAAUAGUACAAACAGGAUUAGGAAACCGCGCCCUGGCCCGUGUGAUACAAAUAAAGUGUAUACGUACACAAGUGUAUAUGCGAUGGUCUAUAUCCAAUUGACCUCAAAGUAAAAAAAAAUAGAAGAAACAAUAGUGCAAUAUCGUAAAUAUAAUAAGCGGGUUUGGUGGGUACUUUUAAAGUGGUUUCACUCACAUUUCCCAGGGCUGUCCCAGAGUAAUAUGUGGGGAAAUAGAAAUCCAAUAGUGCAAUAUAUAUUGGUCAAAUAUAAAAGAAAUAAAAAAUAAUAGUAAUGUACUCACAUUUGCUAGAGCACAACUUGCUCUAGUCAGUAUGGCAUAGGUGGUAUCAUCCCCACCAGGGAAUAUGAUGGUAACCAGGAAUUGAACGGAAUCAGGAAUCCAAGGUAAGUAAAAAUAGUAGAAAAGUAAUAUUAAAAAUAUAUAUAUAAUGUAUUAACAAAAAAUAAUAGAAAAGUAACACAAAUGGCUAAAAAAGUCCCACUUGACGCGUUUCACCUUUAAAGGGCUUCCUCAGAAGCUGGGAUAGCUCUGGGAAAUGUGAGUGAAACCACUUUAAAAGUACCCACCAAACUCGCUUAUUAUAUUUACGAUAUUGCACUAUUGUUUCUUGUUUUUUUACUUUGAGGUCAAUUGGAUAUAGACCAUCGCAUAUACACUUGUGUACGUAUACAAUUUAUUUGUAUCACACUGUCCAGGGCGUGGUUUCCUAAUCCUAUCUGUUUGUUAUAUUAAUAUUAGAAAAGUAAUUCCUGUACUUUAUACAUAUUUUACUUAAUUGAGUUGAUUCAUCCUCUCCCCACCCAUUCCCCCAAAAUUAAAUUGGUUAGGCAACACAUUUUGUGACAACUAGGAUGACAUUUCUAGGAUGCAGAGAUAGUUUUUAAAUAGUCCAUCAAAUAAAUAUAUAUUUAUUUUUUUAAUAAACCAUAUAAGCCUUUCUCAUGUAAGCAAGUGAUAGUAAAUUUAGCUGAAAUUAUUAAUGUCAAAUGUUUCAUCACAAUUUUGAAACUUUCAAUGACAGAUAAUGAAUAAUAUAAAAAAAGCUUUAUUGAAUGUGCGAUGUCAGCAGCCAGUCAGAACAUGUGAUUUACCAAGUAGCUCCACAGUACAGGAAAGGAUUUUAUCCAAAUUGUCAAACACAGCAUAUAAGCAGGGUCUAUAUGAUGCAUAGAUUAUUUAAGUGUUUUAAAGGAGCACUAUAGUCACCUAAAUUACUUUAGCUAAAUAAAGCAGUUUUAGUGUAUAGAUCAUUCCCCUGUAAUUUCACUGUCAUUUAGGAGUUAAAUCACUUUGUUUCUGUUUAUGCAGCCCUAGCCACACCUCCCCUGGCUAUGAUUGACAGAGCCUGCAUGGGAAAAAAAAACUGGUUUCACUUUCAAACAGAUGUAAUUUACAUUAAAUAAUUGUAUCUCAAUCUCUAAAUUGAACUUUAAUCACAUACAGGAGGCUCUUGCAGGGUCUAGCAAGCUAUUAACAUAGCAGGGGAUAAGAAAAUCUUAAUUAAACAGAACUUGCAAUAAAGAAAGCCUAAAUAGGGCUCUCUUUACAGGAAGUGUUUAUGGAAGGCUGUGCAAGUCACAUGCAGGGAGGUGUGACUAGGGUUCAUAAACAAAGGGAUUUAACUCCUAAAUGGCAGAGGAUUGAGCAGUGAGGCUGCAGGGGCAUGUUCUAGACACCAAAACUGCUUCAUCAAGCUAAAGUUGUUCAGGUGACUAUAGUGUCCCUUUAAUAUGAAAACAAAACUCUUCUGGAAUGUUUGGAAGAGGUUUUUGAAGGCAGUGUCUUGAAAUGUCAAUUAUCAUAAUUUUUUGUGAGCUUAUGGCAGAUUGUCUUAUAGGAGUCACAGUUCAACAACAAUUGUCAGGGGGCAGAUGUUUGCCACUGUUCUUUUAUUGAAGAAUUGGCAUUUCAGAUCUUUUGUCUGGCAGCAGUUCCUGGUUACUUCCCUGAGCAAAUGAAAAUACAAUAACAGAAUGCCCAGAAAUGGCAAUCCCUAAUGGCAAACAGUUAAUGUUUCAUUAAAAUUAUUCCUUAUUGCUGAGUAAUGCAUGGGAAAUCCAUCUUCACUAAACCAUAAUGAUUAAUGUCAAUUUCUCUGUUGAGAUCCUUGUCUGUAGUUGUUUUGUCUGUUUGGUGAUUUGUUUUUUAACUGGUUCUCAUAAGUCAGGUUUACUGUCGGCAAACCCUGUCUUCAUCUGCUCUAUUUUUCAUUUUACAGCAUCAAUUUCAAGUUUGAAAACUGAACUGGACAGAAUAAAAAUAGAAAAAGAGCAGGUAUUUUGUAAAACAUAACACUUUCCAACUUUUGUUUUGUUUUUGUUUUUUUCUUCACCAAUGGCAAGUAAUUCAGGUAGUUAUGCACUUUCAAUAUGUACAGUUUGUAGGAACAAUAAGUAGAAAUUGUACAGAUUCAAAGAUAACCUGCCAUCAGGUGACAUAGGAGGAGGCGGAACCCCGAGGGAGAUCAGCGCUAGAAUCUUGUGAGUACUGAAAGGGGGGUGAAGGGGUUGGGAGCGCAGAGGGAGCUAUAGUGUAAGGAAUACAGAUUACAUUACAGAAUCCCUUUUAAAAUGACACUAUAUGUACUAAUCUCAUUCAAGUCGCCUGGGUGCCGUGUUCUUGUCCCCCUUAGUCCUGCUAUGUAAAACAUUACAGUUUUAGAGAAACUGCAAUGUUAACAUUGAUAGGUUAAGAUUGCAUCUAACAGUCAGCCACUAGAGUUGUUUACUGCAGUUUGAUAGAUUUUGACUCCGUGAAAUGGCACUGGACAUCUUCAUGCUUUGCAUGAGGACAUCCAUCUUCAAAGCUUUCCUAUGGGGAAGACCUAAUGCGCAUGUGGCACUAGCUGCACAAGUGCUUUAGGUCUCCCCGUCGGCGCACUAGGAGCACGAUCCAGUGCGGAAUCAGGUAAGUCAAUGAACCUUCAUGAUGGAGCCUAGGAAUACAAAGAUGUUCAUAAAAACUAAAGUGUUCCUUUAAAAAGACACUAUAGUAACCAGAAUAACUGCAGUUUAACCCCUUAAGGACACAUGACAUGUGUGACACGUCAUGAUUCCCUUUUAUUCCAGAAGUUUGGUCCUUAAGGGGUUAAUGUAUUUGUCCAGGUCAGUAUAAUCGUUCCCUUCAGGCAUUUUCAUGCAAACACUUUAUUUUCAGAGAAAAGGUAGAUUUUACAUGUUCCCCUAGGGACACCUCCAGUGGCCACAUCCCCAGUGGCCACUUCUUAGAUGGCCACUGGAGGUGUUUCCUGGGGCAGUGCUAACUUUUAGCAUCUCCACGCUCUGCAUGGAGAUGCUGAAUUUUCCUCACAAAGAUGCAUUGAUUCAAUACAUCUCUGAGUAGGUGCUGAUUGGCCAAAACUGUGCUUGCCCCUGCCUCCUUGCCGAUUUCAGCCAAUUUCCGUAUGGGAAAGCAUUGGAUUGGCUAGAAAUCUUAAAUUUUAAUAUCACCAAGAAGGCAGAUCAGGGGCGGGACAAGCGCCUGCGGACCCUUGUGGCGCUGGAAUUAAAGCACGCUUUAAGAUAAGUGGGGGAGGGGGAGCAUGCCACCUAAAUGGUGGUUUUAACACUAUAGAGUCAGGAACACAUGUAGGUGAAACACCUAUAUAUUUGCUAGCAAUUUUAGAAGUACAAUGUAUAGACUUAUUUUAACUAUUUUUAAAGUGACACGCACUCUUGUUGACCACACAAACUUGUCUUGUUUUACUUCAAAGGAUUGGGCACAGUUUUUACAGCUAUAUAUUUAGAUUUUCAAGUCUCUUGAGAUGUUUGUAGUGUUUCUCAGAAAAUCGAAAGGUUCGGUCACACCAAGGCUGACUUGCAGGCAAAAGUAUUGAAACUAGUGACCAUAGCAACGUUUCAACUUCAAGGAGAUCUUUGUCAAGCUAAAACCACAGCAUGCAAUGUGUAUUUCAUUAUGAAGUGCCGUGAAACAAUGAUUGUUGUAGUAUACUAUAACAUGUCUUGUUUAGAAAUAACAAGCAUUGGUGCGACUAACUAGCAUGCCCAUGACAAAUACAUACAUAGACAAAGACAUAAUACUUAUAAAUACAAUCCAGUGAUACAGAACAUUAAAAAGUGAGUACAAAUAAUGCAUAAUAUAAAAAAAUAAAAUAAAAAACUCCAAUAUUUUAGUAGAAACCUGUCCAUUAAUACAUAGCAUGAGAAAUGUAUUAGUCUAGAAAAUUCAUAAAGAGUUAAUUAUUCAGAAAAUCAGAAGUAAAUCUCCACCAUAACCUUAUUACAAAACAAUUGUAUACGAAAAACUAUAUACACUUAUGUGUAAUCAUAAAGCCUUUGCUAUAAUUAAUUGAAUGCAUUUUACAUUAAUCAAUGGUCACAUAGGAACAAACCAUAAGAAGGCAAUACAUCCUAAUGGCUCAGCUGACACACACAAAUGAAAAAUCGUGAGAGGGCAGUACACUCUAAAGGCUACAUAAUAAGUUUCAAAAUUAGUAUUUAAAAAGAAGUAAAAAACACUUACUUGUGCAAAGUUCAUCUUCUAAAUAGAAUGGCUCAAUCAAGUGAUCUCACCAUAGAAUAACACAAAUACACUAAUGGACUUACCAAGAAAGUGCAAUAUUUAAUCUGAAAAGCUAUAAAAACAAUAGUGACUAUGCUUCUGUAAAUAAAUAAUUAGCUUGAUCCUAAUGCAGGGUAAAUACAAGCAAAUAUAAUGGCAACAAAAUGAUAAAAGUGCCAAUGAACAAAAAGUUCUAAUUCUCACAACAGAAGGAAAGUACCCUUACAAAUAGGAAAUUGUGUAUUUACUUAGAUCUAAUAAAAGUUACGUAUCUCAAUAUCUUAAACAAGUGCCAAGAAUGUAAAAAGACGCCAACAAUCAAGUACACUGACGAGAGGAAGGAGCGUGCAAAAGAUGUAAGGGUGUAGAAGUGAACUAGCACCAGCAAUUCAUAACAUGUGAAGACAUAAUUAUUAUAAAUAAAACAUUAUCAAUAUUGUAUCUUAUACAUACAAACCAAUUCAUAUCAGUGCUGUCAAAUUAUAUUCUUGAUAGAGAUCUCUAGGACAUGUCAAGUUCCCUGACUAAAAAUGCUUCCCAAAACAAUAAUCUCUUUACUCUGAGAUCGAUAUAUAUAGAUAUAUAUAAUACAAUGUUAAACAAAAAUCUGCACACCAGUCAAGCCAUAAGACUUGCUUUUCCCACAGAAAUCACAAAUCUGCAGUGAUGUUACUACUGCAAAGGAGUCUGGAUGGGUAUAUGCAAAUUAGUUUAACAAAGAAUCACAUUUUUGCCUCAUUCCAUUAUAAACAUGGAUUCCUUUGAGUCUGUGUUUGCUGUAUACAACAUUUUUGAAACACAACUUAGAAAAAGAUGCAAAGCCAGUGAACCACUCAUGGACAGCAGUUUCAUUGUUAAUGCAAAUCAGCAUGAGGUUGGUUACUGGCUAGCUUUGAGGCUUGGAGGUACUUGCGAAGAAACAACCAAAAUAGUUAUGGUGGGGGAAAAAUUGUGAUUAAAAACCCCUUGUGAUUCUUUGUUGAACUAAUUUGCAUACGCCUACCCAGAAUCCUUUGCGGUAGUAACAUCACUGCAGAUUUGUGAUUUCUGUGGGAAAAGCUAGUAUUAUGGCUUGACUGGUGUGCAGAUUUUUGUUUAACAUUGUAUUAACUUUUUUAUUUUUAUUUUUUUGUUUCUAAUUUUUGCUUAUACAGUCACUUUUUGUUAACUGGUCUAAAGAAUUUUUUUUUGCAUAUUUGUUUUAUUACAAUGCUUGAGCUUACAUGCAAUCUUCUCUUCGGGUACAUAGUUGGAAUCUACUUUGAAAGAAAAGCUACAAGAACUUCGGACUGUCACAGAACUGAAGAAUUCCCUAGAAGAUCAGAUUAAGAAAGAAACAGCAGCCAAGGUAAAUAUUUAAUUUGUGAACAGUGUGAGCCUUUAUGGGUAGCAUAUAUUAGUGACCACAUGCAUGUAUGUUUGCUAACAGGUAGAUUUUCCAGCCUCUUAAUGUAAACUAUAUUUUGUGCAUAAUAUUAUUAUUGCCAUUUAUAUAGCGCCAACAGAUUCCCUAGCGCUUUACAAUAUUAUAAGGAUCUAAAUAUAAAUAGGACAAUUACAAGAAAACGAUAGAUUGAAGAGGACCCUGCUCAAACGAGCUUACAAUCUAUAGGAGGUGGGGUGUAAAACACAUUAGGACAGGAAAUAGCAAUCAAAUUAGGUGGGAGUGAAGCAGAGCUUGAGGAGAGAGUAAAGUGCUGCCCUUUAGGAGAGAGCAAGAGACAGGUAUGUGAGGUAGAGGUUACUCUGGGAGGCCAUAAGCUUUCCUAAAGAGAUGGGAUUUAAGGCACUUCUUAAACGAUUGAAGACUAGGGGAGAGUAUGAUGGUGGUAGGGAGCCGCCCGCAAGAAGUCCUGCAAGCGUUGAGUUGGCCACGGGCAGAACGGAGAAACAGAGAAGGGGCACACCUAUGGAUCUGUGAAGAGAUACAAGACGGGCUAGAAUUUCAGUGCUUUAUAGGUAUGGGUUAGCACUUUGAAUUGACUCCUAUAGGAUACAGGAAGCCAAUGUAAGGAGUGGCAGAGGGAUGAGGUGUGAGAGGACCGACUGGAGAGAAAAAUCAGUCUGGUGGCAGCAUUCUGUAGCAGGGCAAUACAGCUUUUGGGAAGACCAAUUAGGAGAGGGUUACAAUAAUGCAUGCGUGAAAUUACUAGAGCAUGGACCAGCUCCUUGGUAGCAUCUUGCGUAAGAAAGAGGCAGAUGCAGGCUAUGUUUUUAAGUUGGAAUCUACAGGAUUUGGCAACAUACUGGAUGUGAGGUUUAAAGGUGAGGCCAGAAUCCACUGUUACACAAAGACAGUGCGCUUGCAAGGAUGGACUUAUGUGGAUCCUACUAACUUGAAGGGAGAGCGAAAGAGGAGGAUCAGUAUUAGGAGGAGGUAAGACAAGGAGCUCAGUUUUAGAGAGAUUGUCUUUCUUCCAUCUCUGACUGGAUGGCCUCCUGCUUUCUGAAACUCAAACAAACACAUUUCAGGACGGCAGAGGAAAGGUCCAGGGAGGAGAGAUAUAUCUGGGUGUCAUUAGCGUACAGGUGGUAGUGGAAUCCAAAUGAGAUUAAAAAAAUUGCCAAGAGAGGCAGUAUAAAGAGAAAAUAGACCAAGGACAGAGCCUUGGGGAACUCCAACCGAGACUGGACGAGGGUAGGAGGUAUCAUUAGAAAAGGAUACACUGAAUGAGUGCUGGGAGAGAUAAGAGUAAAACCACGAGAGGACAGAGACCGAGUGAUUGAAGAGUUUAAAGAAGGAGAGCAUGAUCAACAGUGUCAAAGGCAGCAGAGAGGUCAAGAAGAAUUGGUAUGGAGUAGUGGCCUUUGGAUUUUGCUGCUAUUAGGUCCUAGAAAAUAUGCAUAAAAGUAGACCAUAAGCAAAUUGCAUUGGUGCAAGGGUGUUGUACAAAAGAGGUCUAAUAAGAGUGAGAGUUGCAGGACACUGUGCCCUGCACAGUUUCCAUGAUUAGGGGUGUGUCUGCUAAACAGUGAGCAGUCUGUGGCUUCUCACGGUUGUAAAAAAUUACAUAAUAUUGAGCCUAACGUGAUUGGUUACCUGCAAGGCUCAAGACUUACCUAUUACACCACUCUUAUUGGUUGGCUUAAAACAACAAAUCCGAGCAUUCUUGAGUCCCAUUGACAGGUGUGGGAAGGCUUUAGUGAAGAUGUCUUUUUUAUUUUAUAAGUUCGAUGGGCUUUAUGUAUUUUUUUUAUUUGGCCUUUUUGGGGGCUUAAAAGUGAAGGUUUUAGAAAAAAGACGUUAAAAUAGUAAGUGUGGGGGCGGAGCCGGACCAGCAAGCAGGGAAGACGUGCUCUGCAAGAGCUCCUGCUUAGCGGGCACAAAAACGGCAACUAAAUCAGGCUGAAGUGCCUCUAACCUCCGGCAAACAGGCCCACUGGACAGGGAAGAUCAGGCCAAAGCCAGCAAUAACGGGCACCGCAACAGCAGCAUGGGGCCUACUGCAGGAGGCGGCGGAGAAAGGCGGCCGCUUUCCCGCCAGCAGCCCACAUACAUGAGCCUAGAACACUCCCUCCCCCCCUAUGGACCGGUGGGGGACCUCGUGCCCGGCACCCUCUGACUACGCCCGCGACCUCACCAAGCAAGGCGGGUGUCGGGGCCCACAAUAUGGCGGACACACGAGAUUCAGCCCCACGAAAAGCACACAAACCUGCCUGGUCAUUCACUAUACACUGGGCCCCACCUGGAGAGCUGGCUCACGCACAACCAAGGGGUAAAAUUGCAAGCACAAGCCUGCAAAACCGCAGCCAUUCCAACAUGGCGGAGGAAGCAUGGCUCCCAUACUCCAGGGACAUACUCACACGGCUGGACAGUCACUUCCAAAAGUUCGGGCAGCAACUUGAACGUGCACUCUGUCCACCUGCACCACCACAGCGGCAGACAAGCGGUCCUUCCUUCCCACCAGUGAACACUUACUGCUUCCCGCGGAGACCACCUCCCAAGCUUACAGCACCGACAGUGGGAAAAAAAUUCCUAUGUGGCUGCCCCAGCGGCGCUCCCCACUCAGACGUAAAGCAACGACACUGAAGCAACCUAGAGGAACAUGCACUGGGUCACAGCUGCAAAAGCCCCCUACAUCCAGCUACCGCUUGGGACGAACCAGGCGGCCACGAAAGGCACAGGGCUCCCCCUGAGGCUGGACACUGACAAAGUCACGGAAAAACCGGCAGACACCACCUGGAGCAGUAAUGGUCCGUGACCCACUAGCUGACCCCCGCUACUACGGAACUGCAGAACUGACACAGAGAACGCGUCCUGGUGGCCCCCCCACAUACUGCUAACUAGACUCUGGCACUCAUAUCUCUGCAGUCUCCCGUUGCAGGGCAUCGGAUAAGCACCCUACAGAGACGCUCCCAGCCCGUAAAUGGCACUAGCGGUAACCACACCAUAGGGUGUCCUACUGACAUUCAAGGGCAAAUUCUUUCAGAAAAGUUGCUUUACAUUACACUGUCCGAGAUCUGUUUAUUUCGACUGCAAUAUCAAUAUCAUAUUGUCUCUAGCAUAGGUCUGCUUGUCAUAUCUGCCAAUAUGCUUAACCUACGAUAACACUCCACCCUUUAAUCCUGGAAGGCCAGACCAUGUAGCAUAGCCUGCCUGCCUGCCAGACAAAUGCAGCCUGAUUUAAAAUGCCCCUAGGUCGUUUUGACACAUAUUCCAUGCCUCUAUAUAGUGCAUAAUAUGCCUGACAUCUCACCCUCCCACCAAUGUCACACCACAGGCACUACUACACUGCUCAUCAGAACACACAGCAUGCAUCAUGUAACACAUCAUGGCAUUCCCAAUGCGCUGUACAAACCUCGCAAAACCAUGCAUUAUCACACUGCCUAACUCGCUGUGUCUAGCCUGUUACAAAAUCCAUUCCUGAACGGACGCACUGCAUCUCCGGCGAGAGAACUCUUACUUAGGCAACCAAAUGCUCACCCAGUGGAUUAAUAUACAGACCAGUAUAAGCCUGUUUAACCUUUAACGUGUACUCGAUUUGUAUAGACCUGUCUGAAUCAUACCAAGCAGACAAAGCGGAUUAUCAAACUUACGUCCAACUUUUAAUAUGUUUAACUUCCCUAGCAUGUUAUAUUAUAUAAGCAAUGUUUAUUAGCCUGUUAUUUUCAUGAUUAUCCAAAAAUGUGCCGAUCAAACUGCCACACUUUUGAAAUGUCUUGAAAAAUGCUUGUAGAGGCUGAUGUGGCUCUACACGCUUGUUGUCAUCAUAUGCACAAGAAAAAUAAAGAAUUAAAAAAAAAAAAAAAAAAUAGUGUGAUAUUUUUAUUUACAGGUAUUUUGUUUUAUUGAUACCUCCUCACUAUUAUUUUUUUGGGGGGGAGGGGGAUUAUUUCAUUUAGUUCACACCCGUCGCUUAUGGGGGAGGGGGAAAAUAGGUCCUCCCACCCACCCCCCAUUGUCAUUUAGGGCCCCCACCUGUCGCUCAUGGCCGGGGGGAGGGUGUAAUUGGUUCUUUCCCCCUAAUGUAAUUUAGCCCCCCACCCGCAACUCAAGGGUGGAGGCCGGGACAAUAGGUCCUUCCCCCACCCACCGCUUAGGGUUGGGGUCGGGGGGGUGAAGUAGGUCCUCUCCCCCUAAUGUCAUUUAGGGCCAUCACCUGCAGCUCAAGGGUGGGGGGGUCAGGACAAUAGGUCCUCUCCCCCAAUUGUAAUUUAGGGCUAUCACCUGCCGGUCAUGGUUGGGAGCCGAUGGGGUAUAAUAGGUCCUUCCCCACCCCCCCCAUUAUUAAUUUUGAACAUACCUAAAAGUACCGAAUGUCGUCCUAACACAAAUGGACAAACUAUACUCAUUAUGUUAGAACGACAUUCAGUAGUUUUGCCGGAGCCCUGUCUGGAAUACUGAAAGGCGGCAUCGCGAGAACAUGGAGGAAACCAUGAGUAUUGUGUGAAAAUUUCUUAAACAAUAGGAAAUGGGUCAAAGCUGGUAAAGCAUAGGAAAAAUACAUAAGCCAAACCAGUUCCUACUUUGUCUUAUGUUUUAAAGAAAACUAGAUCAGAAAGGAAGAAAAGAACAGAUCCUGAGAGAAGAAGCGAUUGGGGAAAGGUCAUUUCAGCGUAACAGUGCCGCUUUAACAAAGUCUUUUGUGAGAUGGACUCAUACAGUUAGCUAACAAAUCUCCUAUUAGACAAAGACUCAAUGAUGAUAUGAGCCAUUGGGAUUUCUGGUGAAAAAGUGAAUUCAAGGGUUAAAGGGAAACUAGUGCCAGGAAAAAAAAUAGGUCCCUGGCAUAAUGGCUAACUAUAGACUCCACCUCCUCUUCUGUCAUUUACCUGGGUCCAGCGCCGAUGUCCCCCAGUGCUGGCUUAGGUACGCCUCCACUCCUCUGGGCCACGCUCGCAUUAGGAUUUACGCAUAGGAAUGAAUUAUUCACUGCUUUCUUAUGGGGAUUCUGGUGAUGCUGGGAAGUCCUCAUGCAUAGCGUGAGGAGGUCCAGCAUCAAGCAACCAAAAGUUGCAUAACGGUCUAGAAGUCCCUCUAGUGGCUGCCUGAUAUAGUCACUAGAGAAGGCGUUAACCCAUAAUGGUAAUUAUUGCAGCUUAGAAAAAAAUAACUGCAUUAAUUACCUUUCCUGGGUAAUGGGACACUGCACACAGACCUUCUAUGAGCUGAAGUGUUCCUUUGAGAGGACUUUUGGAAGAAAAGAAAAUUGAGUGCAUUGUAAAGGCGAACGUGAAAAGGAUAAUGAAUCAUUAAAAGUCCCAGCAGAAAGUUGUAAAUGAGAAAAACGACAAAAUAAAACUGUCAUUUCUGAUGAACCAUUCAGUGUACAGAACGGAUUUCUAGAAAAUGUGAUUAAACGAACGUUAGAGUAACAGGUUCUUUGUAUGACAAUGAUAUAAAAAUUCAAGUGAGUGAACGUGUGUUGAUGAAGAAAAUACUUUAUUGUAAAAUUAAUCUAUUUCCAUGUCAUAAAUUGUAAUUCGGAAAUGUUUUAACGUGUUCAUUUUGUUUAUUAGGAACAUAUAGAUUGUCAUUUUUACGGAUAUAAAAUAUUUUAAUGGAACAGAUUCUAAAAGACUAUUUUUUUUUUUUUAGAAUGGGGGUACAAUAAUAUAUCUGAAACGUGUUUCUCAAGUUAAAUUUUAGAUUAAUUUCACUCUACUUUAUUUGAUUCCACGAAACUGUUCUACAAUGUAGACUUUCAAAGACUAAAUUAAAACUCCAAGCAAGACCUGUGUGGAAUUAUAACGGAUAUUGACAUCCAACAAAUAUAAUGCAGUCUGUGCAUAUUACAAUUAAUUUUUCAAUGACCAUUGUUGUGUUUGUUUUUGUUUUUUUUUUUCCCUCAGACAAGUCUUGAACAACAAUUUUUUGAAGAAAAGAACAAGGCACAGCGGCUGCAGACAGAGCUGGAUGUGAGUGAACAAGUGCAGAGGGACUUUGUAAAGCUGUCCCAAACCUUACAGGUAAAUUCACAUAAAAUCAUGAUACACACUGUAAAAAAAAAAACACACUCUAAAGGGACACUAUAGGUACCCAGAACACUUGAACUCAUUGAAGUGGGCUAUGUAUAGUGUCCCUUUUGCACUUAGUUCCUUAGCUCUUAAGUCUGCCCCCAGUGGCUGUCUACCAGACAGCCACUAGAGGGCUUCCUGAAUCGAAACAGACCUUUGGUCCGGAAUGUGGCGCUGGAUGUCCUCACACUGCAUGAAGACAUCCUGAUUUUUUUUUUUCCCAUAGGAAAGCAUUGAUUCAAUUGAGGGUGUGGGGAGGGGGGGACGCGGCGCAAGGGAGAGGGGCGGCAGAAGGAGCUAUGGUGCCAGGAAUACAACUUUGUAUUCCUGGCACUAUAGAAUCCCUUUAAUAAAGCAUGUAAUGCUCUGCCCGCCUGGUUUUUUUUUUGGGGGGGUGGGGGGGUUUCCUGGCGUUGUGCUUCUCUCAAAUUCUUUGGCUUACCUACUGGAAACUACUUAGCUGUAAAUACAGUAUAAAACUGGUGCAAUUGUUUGCAUUUUAAACAUAUGUAUUCCAUAUACAUUUAAUAGCCGAUACAUCAAAUGCUUUAGCUUAAAAAAAGCUUUCAUCACACAGCAUAGGAAGUAAUGGUUGUGGUGCAUAAAUGGUUUAGAUCCCUAGACCAUUUAUCACCAAAGCAUCAUACAGCAAUUUGGCAUGAUUGAUAAACAGAAUGCAGCAUGUAUUCUAAAUGUGAAAAGCAAUGAUGGGUUCUAAAGGUAAUCAAAAAUUCUUAUGCUGUAGAAGUUAAGAAACCUACCUGCUUUGACAUGAGCUUCACAGUUUCUUUGAAAAAACCUGCAAAAAAUCAUUCUUAGGAAAUUGGAUGCUGUAUUUUGCUAUGCCUGGCCCUAACAAUACUCUUAACUAUGUAUGUAAAUAGGUAGAAGCAAGAGUCUUUAAGAAAGGUAUUUCUUCUUAAUUGUCUUCUUAAUUUAGGACUUUUUUAAAAUUAUUUUUUUAAACCUACGUUGCUCCAUGCAAUAUUUUUCACUCUUCCUUUUGGUUACUGUUAUCUCUCAGGUGCAGUUGGAACGCAUUCGGCAGACUGAGUCUUUGGAGGCGAUUCGAGCUAUCCUAAAUGAUACAAAACUGACUGACAUUAACCAGCUUCCCGAGACAUGACCCUCCCUGUUUCUGUAUAGAGGACUUGGGGCUGCAACAUGAGGUUUUUUUUUUUUAUUAAAAAAAAAAAGAAAGAAAACUCAACUUUCUAGUAACAUUAAUAAUUAUUUAACUCUUAUCCAAGAGGAGAGGACAGUGAAUAUGUGAAAGGGAGCAGUCAACGAGAACAAUUUAUAAGGGAAAAAAUCCUCUUUGUGGAGAUAGGCAGGCCGGAGAGAGAAACAUUUCUGUUGGGAACACUAAUGAGACACAUUGCUGUGGUUAACUAAAUGGAGAUUUGCCUCCAGUAAUAAAAAAAAUCUAUGUAAUUGGUCCUUGUUUUGUUUACAAAAAACCCUAUGAAUUCAGCUGGCAAGAACUAGUCAGUUUGAAAGGAAGACACUAACUUGAACAUUUAGCUUAAACCGUCCAUCCGUUUACCUGGCAAACAUAUUUAUUAUUCUAUUGUUUUGUCUUUAUAACCCCUAAUAUAAUAACUGGGGCAGGCCCAUUUCUAUAAUGUGUAUAGAGGUAUUCCAGUAUCUCACACUUGCAACUUUGUUGUAAUGCAUGCAAUACAUUUCAUGAGAAUUUGUCCUUCCUCUGUCACUAAAUGUUAUUGCUUUUGAAACCUUCCAAUUCUGUCCCUUCAAAAGUAUUAAUAUUUUAAAGUUUUUGGUUCUGUCAAUAAACUAACGGAAACUUAUCCAUUAAACCAUCAUGGAGGAUUCUGGAUGAUAAUAGUGCUGAUUUUUCCUUGUAGAUUGAAAUGAGUAUAAAAGGCAAUAUGGAGAGAGAACUCAUGCACUUUUAAUAAUUUCUUUAGAUCUAACAGAUAUUAAGAUGUCGAAAUGAUUUAUAAAAUGAUCACAUCCUGCGAUUGUCUCACUAGAAUUCUAACAUUUCCAUGUGUCUAGUAGCCAGCAUCUGGGAUCUUUUGCAAUACUUUUAAUCACAGGGAAGGCUGUAACGUAUUCCUCUAAAAAGAUCGUGCAGACUAUUUAGAUAAACACCUUCACAAACUGCACAAAAGUUUGUUUCCUAAGCAUGGGAGAGCUACAGAAAAAUUACAAUCAUUCUGUUGGGAUAUAAACAUAUUAUCGUGCAACAAAUCUCACAAUGGGACCUGGUUUUCUAACGUGCAUUAUACAGAAAUCAGAUCCAGCUAAUUGUACAUUCAGCAUUAACUUCCAUUUUCAGUAACACAAGACCUAGUAUUAAGUAAUCUUGCAGAUAAAGUUAUAGCUUAUGUAGCUCGGAUAGUUAAAAUUAACCUUUCCCUUGCUUGAACUUGAAACUCUUUCCACAACAGUUUCCUUGGAGUUGAGAUUUCUCAUGUUUAAAAUCCAUUCAAAAAGAGAAAAAUCCCCUUCGGGAAAUGGUCAUGUGAUGCCAUAAUUACGGUCUUUUCAUGUCAGAGAGGAGUGCAUGAGGUUCCCUUUUUCUCCACUCUUAGUGUAAAAACACAAUAUGCUGAACACAAACCAUGAUAAUGGAGAACAUUGGCAGGUGGAGGUGGUUAGACUGUGGCAUUAAGUAAUAAUUUUUGUAAACUCUAGCAUGCUUAACUAGUCUAAAUUACAUGGUAAUGGUAAACUAGCAUUUCUGUCAGUAGUGUAUAACUUUGCACUGUUCAUUUCAUGUAGCCAGUUUGUUAGAAUUUGAGUCAGUUUAUAUACAGGGCAUGCAAGUGCAGAUGUUAGUUGGCAUAUUAUGCAAAGGGCUUUAGCACCACAUUACAUAGUUGCACAUUACAGACCAUAUACCGUGUGCUUUAAGCUGCAGAUUGGUACUUGGUAUAAAAUUUAGUUUUGCCGUGUCUUUCUUUCAUUGAUUUUUAGUAGUCACUUAGGGACACUAAGCAACAAAGAGCAAAACGUGUUUGAAAGCAGUAUGACAAGAAGCAGGGCUUUCCCAGCCACUUACAGACCCCAUCCUCAUUGACAAUGUGAAAUUUAAUACGAAAUUGUCAUUGAAAAUGGUGAAGUGUACAUUCCUCUUUGUCAAUGGAACAGAGUAUUGCAGCGUCUCUGGACUCCAAGACUAUUAGCAGUUUAGCCAUAACACACUUUAUAGGUUAUGUUACUUAUGUGUCCCUUUAAUUCCCAGACCAUCUUUUGUAAAUGGUUUUGUCCUUAUUGAAUGUUUGUAUGAGAUGAUAGGUGUUCAUGACACAGCUGAAUAUGGGAAUUUAUAAACAUUUUUUGAAUGCGGGGAAACAAAAUACACUUAAUAUGAGUAUAUGUUAUUGGAAAGGAAGCUCUAUAUAUUGCCAUAGCUUUGCCACUAUGUAUACCUGCUUGUUUCAAUGUCAAUUGAAUCUGGGCUUUAACACUUGACCAUGUUUGUAUGGUUAUUGGCUGUCAGAUAUAUUCUCCUAUUAGAAGUCUUACAACAUUACACUGUAGAACACGUAACGAGUAUGAAACCAAGAUGUUGAUUGAUUGUUUUUUCUAGUGGUGCGUAGCAGAAAUGUUCCUCCUAUGUAUUAAAGUAAAACAUUUGGUAAGUGCUCCUUGUAAUGCUCUGGGGGUCUGCUAUGAAUUGCAGACUUGAGCAUCUCAGGCCAGCUUCAUUGCACACAAAUUUUAAGGUAGUUCUUAACCAAGGUGAAAAUGUAUAUCUAAGGCAUGUAUGCUAAUAGAUUAAUUACCUUUAACAAUACAAUGCAUCUUCCAGCUAUAGUGUGAUGGCUUCUGGCAUCCCAUUACAGUACAACGGUGUAAUCAAAUCAUAUUAGCCAGAGUUCACUAUGCUGAACUGUUAUCAAAGCAUUUCAUGGGAAUUGGACCCUAGAUUUAGUUAAUAGAUUAUGGGUGCAAUGGUACUUUUAUCUGUUUUGAUACAAGAACAGUGGGAAAUAAGAUGCUCCUUAGCAACAUUUGCCCUGUGUAAUUGUGAGUGUAGAAUACUGUUGGUCACUGAAUUCUGAUAUAAUUGUUUGUAAACUGUACUGCAGAUAUGUCUCUUACCAGGAACGUGUAAUUAAAAAGCUGCUGAAGAGUCAAAGUUGGUUUCAUCUAAUUUUGUACAUGAUGUAAUCAGACUUUUAUUUCCUUAGUUUGCAGCCUAUAUUGGAGGGGAAAAAAGUUUUAUUUUAUUAAUAAUGUCAAUACAUCGGUUUAGCACUAAAUACUUGACUUGGCAUGUAUUUGCCUUGUGGUAGUUUUAUGCUAUAAUUCUGAAUGUGGUUACAAUUGUUUCUGUUUAUGGUAAUUCCUCAUAUUCCAUUUUUAAAUUUGUCCCUCAUAUGCGUACUAAAAAUAGCUAAUUAUGUUUUUGGAAUGGCUUAUAUUUUCAACAUUUUUAUGCAUUCGGGCUGUUGACAAUAACAUUUUAGAAAUUCAUUUUAAUUCCAUUCCAAAAUCAUUUAUAAUAACACGUUUGUAUUGAUAACUGUUUUCUGCAGAAAAAGCCAGGGAAAUAUUCUGCAAAUCAUACAAUUUGAAUGGCUGCUGACAUCAAAUGCUUUCAGUGGCCCCUUUUUUAAAAAAAAUACUUAACCACCUCUGAGCGUUAGAAAAUGUAGGAAGUUCCAAGAGGGCCACCACUACACUGAAAUGCUAACAGAUAAAUUUACUGUAGCUUUGAAUACUUUAUUCUUAGACAAAAGUAAGAAAUGGUUGAGAUGCGGACAGAGCAAAGUUAGUGCAGAAUUGGAAAUAUGUGCUCCUCACACUGACUCCUGUACAACGUGUUGGUAAAGUAAUUGCUAGGAAUGCAUGCUGUCAAUGAUAUUUAAUAAAAUGUUAUUACAGAGCAGCAACAGUACUGUGAUUAAUUUAAGAAAAAUUAACAAUGAAAAAUAUGGUUCGAAAACUGGGUAAUUCAAACAAAUUAACAGUCCAAUUAGGUGUGAAAAUCUAAUUUCAUAUGCAGCAUAGUUUUCCUGGCUAUUCUCCAAGGCAGUAUCACAUGGGAUAAGUGGGCUUAGUUUUCUAUUCUGCUGAUUUACAAGGACCUUGUAUCUGGGAAAGCCAUCCGCACCCCAAAGUACACAUAUCUGACUUUGAAGGUCUUGGUUCUAAGAGUAUAGUUUUCCACU